GGCUUGUGCUACUGAGGCAUUUCAUUGCGAUACUUUGGGUGUUUUAAAGCGCGCAGUAAACGUCGCGAGGGGGAAAAUACUACGUACUUAAAAAAAAAAAAAAAGCAAAUGUGUAUUUUUUAGAAUAAUUUCUUAAAAUCCCAAUUGUGCAAUAUACUUGCGCUGGUGUGGUCGUUGCUGGACAGGCAUCAUCGGGGGCAUAUCACCCCUCCCACAUCCACACAUCAUCGCGCACACAGCCUAGACACACGCGGGCACACACACACACACACACACACACACACAUACAUACACACACACACACACACGGAAUUUCUGCUCAGCCAUGGCUCCCUGGUAGAUGCUCAAAGCGGCUGUUGUCAGACCGAAUUAAAUCUGCACUAACUCGUUGCUUUCCUCCUGACCUUGCCUGCCUCUGGUUGGGUUUUCAAUAUUUUAUUCAGGAUUCCUCUGCUGUCUCCCCAUGGCUACAUCAGAUGGACUAGACGGCUGUCUGCAACGAGGCAGAUCUCAAAGUGACCCGAACAUACUCACCGAACCGGGCAUCGAUUUGGCUCACGACACAGGUAAGAAAGACACAUCAUUAUUUGGGAUAUUUAUUGGCUUUUUUUGCGUGUGAUUUUAUUUGGCCCCUUGGAGAUGCGGCGAUGCAUCCCUGCUUCCCGGUGGGAUGACAGAACACGGAGGGAUAAUUAGCGCAUGUAUGCCAACCUUGCUCGUAAAUAUGGACUGUAACACUGAAUCGUGGAGCUGCAAAUUGAAAAUUAAUGUGCCAUAUCAGCGUCAAUGAAUGGCUGUGUGCCCCUUCAGAUUUGCGCGUUAUGAAGACGCCUGUAGCCCGUUGAGCUGUUCUGGCUGCAAGUUGUAUUUAGGAAACAGCGUGUAGGCCGUUUAAUAUAAUAAAGGCGCUUGCAACAUUAACAGUUCCAAUUUUCUCCUACACGAUGCCAACCUCCCUGUUCAGUGCGACUAUUUAUCAUCACCAGAGCUGCAUGGAUGUGAGGUCCAUGAUGCGAGGAUGAGCGUAGUUGUUGUCAUAUCUAAGCCACCAUUAUUGCUCCCUCUGAGCCACAUGGGUUUUGAUGUGUUGCACUUAAAAGGCACAUGCACAUCGUUUUGUAGCUAUAGCUUCUCCUACCCUGCCCCAAUGACAUUCCUGUCAUUUCCACCCCCUUCUCCAUGCCCAUACUGAACUGAUCACUAUUGUGAUCAAUGACCGGCGGUCCACGUGAUGCAGCCUAUAGGUGGAAAUAACCCCAAUCCAGCACAGCCAUGCACUCACAAAAGAUCGAUUCAGCAAUUCGUGGAUCAUGCAGGUGUGCUUCCCAACAUGGGGCCCUUAUGCAUCUCUCUGUGGUCUGUUAGUCAUCCCCUCUGCAUAUGGAAUAAUGAAUUGAUCUUUCAUUAAUAAAAGGAGAACACCAGGGAGCAGUCAUGCUCUGCACAUCUCUGAUGAACCCCUGCAAAUAGACUUCAUGUGGUGUUUGUUGUGUUUGGUCUAAAUGAUUAUUGCUAUUGAAUUACCAAUGUUCUUCCAGUGCAAUUUUAUGGGAUGAUUUUUAUGUAAGUGAGGCUAUUUAUGUUCGUAUUGUGUGGGCUUGGAAAGAGUCAUUGCUCACUCCCACACAUGGUGAGUUUUACGCACAUGAAGAAGGCUUGACUGAAUGAUUCAGAAAAAAUCCUGGUGUCACUCACCUUUCAACUGUUCACUAAUAGGCACGGAGCUUUUUACUUCCCUGAAAUCACACCUGUCUAUACUCAUAGGCUGCUCAUAGCACAUUUUUAAUAGACUGUUGCUGGAAUCAAACCUCCUAUGGACAAUUUAAUUCACACAUAGGCGGAUGUGAUAAUGCCACACUGGGUCUUUGACACACCUGAGUAAACAAAACAGCAGCUUAGCAGAUCAGCCAUGCUAGUGAUGACAGCUAAUGCUAAUAGGGUACAUGAAAAUCAUCCUUUUAUCCCAGUACAUACACAACUGGACCACUGUUUAAGAUUUGAAUGAACUGUAGAAUUCAUAGACACAGUAAAUACAGUUGUGUCUGCAAGGACAAUGUCAGUGUCUGGUGACCUAAAGUACACAACAUCACCCACCCCCUCUCUGUGUGGAUCAUCACUGCGCUAACGUCUGGAACACCAGUCUUUGCCAAAGGAUUACUUUGGCCGAGACUGCCUUUUCCCCCAGCACAGUGGCCCUUGCAGCUGCAGAGGCUGACACCGUAUUCAUCCACUUACUCAACACUGAGGAGAAGAGUCAAUAGAGACAGCAGCUUCAUUUGACCAUCACAGAGAAUCAGACCAAUGUUUUCUCUUGACUGGUGGUGCAGUUAGCUUACAGCAGGAGCUUAUGAAGAAGGAAAAGUCUGAGUGCUUCAUGUUCCAGUUCUUAUGCACAGUUUUAGACCUGUUGAAAACUGCCUCUUUAAAUUGAAGUUUUACAGCUCUAUAUUUUAGUUAGAAAGCCCAUAAGUGAAGUAACUGGGGCUUCAGCAAACAUGUUUCAGCAGUUUGUUCAGACAAGGACCCUUUUGAUUGUCCUUCUAAUAAAAUGUCACUUUCACUCAAACUUCCACUUAGUCAUUGCUGAAUGACGACCAAGGUAAUGGUGUGUAUAGGACACCUUGAAGCUCUGUAGGCAGGGAAUGUGUCCAAACAGGGCUGUUCCUGUGGCUUUGCCCCAUAAAGUUAUUCCCCUGUCUUUUAGCAAUGUGUCAACAGCUACAUCAAACACCAUCAGGAUUGUGAGUGCGUACGUACAGUACUUUAACAGUACGCAUGUACAUGCCAGAAAUGUGGCUGCAAACACCCUAUAUUUACAGCAGAACAUAACCUGUUGGUCAUUUUGAUGUAGCCGUUAAUACUUUGGUUGAUAAAACAGUCAAAAUCGAUAUCACAAAUCACUUGAGGUAAUCUUUAAGUAUUUUGUCUAACCAACAUCCAAAUCCUGAUAAUAUCAUUGAGAAAAGUCAGCAUAACCUUAUACGUGAGUUGCAAGAACCAGCAAAAGUUCAAUGCAAUGAUGCAAGUUUUUUCUAACAAAAAGGAAAAAAGCUCUGCUAGGACAUCAUUGAAAUUACUGGUCAUAUCCAUUUUGUCUGUGGGAAAAAGAGGGUCAAUGAGAAAAAAAAAGUGUCAUUGGAGCUUUCCUUGCUCAGGGCAACUACUACAUGCUCAUACAGUGGCUUAAACCCAUGAAAGGUCAGUCUUUUUAAAAUUUAUUUCUUUAGAUUAUGGAACAUUUUCUCUACCAGAGAUCACAUGUUUUUUGGGGUUUCUUCCUCCCUUAUUUGUCUUACUGAUAAGUCAGUAAUCCAUUCAGAUCUGUUAUCAGAGAGACCUCAGAGAAUUACAGGUAUCAGUGAAGUCCCUAAUGAACAGGGAGAGAUAUCAAACCAUGUGAAAGCUGUGUAGAGCCGUAAUGAUGACUCACCCAAAACCAGAGCAAUGCCUCGAAGAUAAUAUGUCCCUUAUGCUUAGUCCUUCAUGAGUAAAUAUGGGAAAAUCUUAGUCAGCGGGUCUUAUAUAAUGUGUUCUCCAUUUAACAAAGCUUUGUUUUAAAUGAAGAAGUAAUAAUAGACACAAAAUGGUAUUGCCACCACUGGAAUUCCUUCAUCAGUAGUAUAAGGCAAACCACUUUAAGAUCUAAAUGACUUCAUGUGGCUAAAAAGUCAUUGCAUAUUCAUAAUAAUGUAUCUAAGACACUCUGUAACCCAUAUGUCUUUCUUGUGAUUUUUUGUCUUUUAUUUAAAGAUAUUUCAGACAGCACUUAGCAUGCUAAUACAACUCUACUAUAGGGAAGCUACCACCAUGAUAAGAGGCAGAGACCUUGUAAAGAAGGCAUACAGACUCACAACUGUCUUAAUGCCACUUUACCGGACCUCCAAAGAACACUAAUGCAGGCUGUAUCAUCUCUUUAAGAUGAUUAAGAAUUGACAAAAUGCAUUUUUAGAGGGUUUAUGUCUCAGGCUGUUUCCUGGUCAGUACCAGAACAUUUCUGUUGUCUCUAUCACUUGCACAGCAAUUGGUCCCAAGUUAGAUUGUCUACCCAUGAAUCUGGUCUUUUGUCUAACUAAGCUAGCCACUUGUGUUUCAAGCUGCGCUGAGCUUUCAGACAUAAGGGGUUAUCAGCUUUUACUUACAACAUCUAUCUUUCUAUCAUUAUUUGUGAAUGAGGUUUAACACCUUCUGAAGUUGAAAGACAGGGCGUGAAUUUGUUGCUUUCAGCUGAAGACUGUAUGUGUUAAGUAGCUCAUAAAAUUGAAGUGAGACUGACGAGUGUAAAGUUCUUGUCUAGAACGGUAUGAAAGGACCCCCAUAACAGUUCAUGUCUGUCAAUAUCUCAGUGGCUGCGUAGUUGGCCAUGGAGGUAAGUCCCAACAUCCAAAUGGCUCCCAGUGCAGAGAUUUGCUCCAGCAUGAGUAAGGAGCAACAUUUAUGAUUUAUAUUACAUUACCUUCUAAUUUUUAUACUGUAAGAUAGCUGACUCAGCAGCAGCAGCAGCAGCAGCCAUCUUAGUUAUUUACAAAAGUGUCUAAUGUUAAUGCAACUUGAACCUGCCCCAAAUCAGAGCUUGUUAAUGAAUUGAUUUCAAUAAGUGGCCGAACUGGAAGGAAGAAAAAUUGAGAAGAAAGAGCAGGUCAGUAAGUUACAGCACGACUCUCAGGAGUUAGUUUCUUGGUUUCUUUCUAUAUACAGUACUCAUGUUGGACUACCUUGAUUGCAUGUAGAAGUACAUAGCUGCCACCUUUAAUUGUGUUCAUGUUGUCAAACUGCAUGAACAAGCUACCAGUUUAAUGAAUACUGUAACUGUUCUUUUGAAGAACCACCUGUCACUGCAUUAAAGCCCAGCCUAAAUAAGUUCAUACUUCCUGUUUUCAGUAGAAGAGCUGUAAGUCACACCAGAGUCACAACUGACUCGUCAUGGUUAGCCUUAAGGGACAAUGAGUCAGUCAAGGCCACCUGUUAGCCACAGCCACUGGAGAGCUAUUCAUUACUCUCCUCCAUGGUGAACAGAGGUCCCCACAGAGGCCAAUAAGAAGCUCUCAGCCAGCGAAGAGUAGCUUCCUAUAUGCUAACAAAAUAUCCACACCAACCAUUAUGACAUAUUUACUUUGGGUAUUAUUAGCUAAUGUGGAGGAAGUGGUGAAAGUGAAUUGUUGAGUAAAACUAGCAGUGUAUGCUAAAGCUCUGAGAUAGUGAAACAUGUCUGUUGGUCCAUGACUACAAAUACUAAUUUAUUCAGUCAUUUUACUGCCUCCUGUGCAGUGAGUAAGGAUAGGCAAAGUAAAUAAAACAUAUCCCUGCUUAUUUUAUUUCCAGUCACUACAUCAUGGUCCAAAUUGGGAGACAUUUAUAUUUGAUAUCAAGAAGAUUUUAAGCUCUUUAAAUUGUUUUAUACCCUAACAUUUAGUUUCCCGUGUUGAGACCAUUCACGUAUGGCCAGAGGGUCACCUGAAUGGGGAGGCAUUUCAAAAUUAAAAAUUAAAAGUAAAAUUAAAAAGUACCUCAAAAAGGUCAAAAAACACCUCGGAUCACCUUGAUCCAAAUUAGCCAAUAUUGUAAUCUGUGUGGAGGAGUCAAUCCAGUAGGCAGUAAGGCUCAGCAGUGACAUGGGACAAGCAUCGGAGCUCCACAUGUCUGUUGUAAAACUGACAGCAGUCACAUCAUGAUUUAAGUCACAUUGUAUGUUGUCACAAGCUUCACUGUACUGCUUGACAGUGUCUGAAAUGUAUUGUCAUAGCAGCAGGACAUACAAAGAAUGAGUCAUUUUCUACCAGGGCUGUUGCUCUGAAAUAUAUCCCCUCCAGAGGCAUUGUCUGAGGGUCCCUACCUGUAUUGAUAGCCAUUAAUUAUUUUUUUUUUGUGGGCCUCUCCAACAUUGGAUUCCUGUGUUCUCCUUACCUGUUUCUCAACAUACAGAUGGGCUGAUGGCAGGAUCUGAAGCCAUGACUUCAGCCACCUUCUUUGUAAUCUUUUUGGUUUCAUCCUUUCUUUAGAUGUCCAGUGUUUGCUUUGUCCUGGUUCCUAUGAUGCUUUAGUGAACCUGUUAUAUUCUGUUGCAUUUUUUAGUUUCUAGUUGUCAAAUUAGUAGUAUUAAACACAGCCCCACUGCUACCACCUCAGGAAAUGAUUGUAUUACAUUGACUGUGACUAACUGUUGAGUUGUUUCUGCUAUCUAGUUUAAGGAUUCCAACCUGCUAAGAUUUUGUGCCACAGGAUUGCUAAUGCUAAUCUAGCUGACUGUCCUGUGUUUUUCCUUUCUCCCCUGAACCAUUUGGCCCUGAGGACUUACCAAGACUUUAGGGAGCUUUGGGGACAUAAAGCUGUUGUUGUUAAUCUGGAUGGCUGUGCAUUUGUGUUCUUGCAAUUUCAUCUGUUAAUUAAUUUCUUUUCAAGUACAGGUAGACAAACUCAGAAUGCUCUGUUACACUAAUUAACUCGUACGCUUACAUUCUGCGCAUAUGGUGCUCGGUGACGGCUGACAGACGAUGUGGUGAACUGAUCGGCUCAAAUUGCCUAUCACUAUCAAUAAAAAUCCCAAGAUUGUCUUCUGUGUGAUGGCAAAGAUUGGACACAAUUACAGCAAAAUUAUUAUGGAUGUUUCAGAAUAUCGGGUGUAUAAUACUCUGAACCAUGUGAUGCUGAGACAUCAUGUACACGUGCACACCUGUGUGACAGCGUGACUUUAGUAUGCAUGGAUGUGUAUUAGAAUGCUGGGCCUGUAAGGUCUCAAGCAAGAAAAAAAAAUCACAAAAUAAUAUUCCAGUGUUGGAAAGAGUCGGUCAGGCAGGGCAACAGAGAGACAGACCUCGAAGGACAGAAAAUAAAGACCUGAGCAGCCCUGACCACCUGUCAGAGAGCCCAGCAUAAGGAUGUAAUGGAGCUGUUUAGCCUGUAAAGUUCCAGGUUAAAUGGAGUGUGCAAAGUUGCAUGCUCUGUGCUGUGGAGGGUAGAGUUGAGUCCUCUGGGCAUCGAGUUUGUGUCGACAUUUUUGAAGGUAAAAGGGAGGAAAAGGUUCUGGGAAGGACAGGACAGGAGACUGAAUUAGAGAAGAGGAAGAGAAGGGAUCGAGAGAAGAGAAAGAGAACAAGGAGGAGAAGAGGCAGCAGCUUUUAUUGAAAGAAAGCCAAGAAGUUGUCCUGUUUCUAAUUGUCUAUAGUGAGAUGAUGGAUGGUCCAUAGGAGACCACUAAUAGGGAGGCAGGAGCUGCGUGGGUCUGAUUUUGGAAGCGCUUGCAUGAGUACAGAAACCGAGCUGGCUACCUUAAAGUGAUCAAAUUAAACCGAGAAUUCUGAAUUCACCUUUGUACCAUGAUAGAUUUAUUUUUUCUUUAUGGAUUUUCACUCAUUGACAUUUGGUCUUCCAAGUUUUGGACAGUUGUAUGGAUUGGUGAAUAACCAGCCUGGAGACAAUCAGGAGGAGAGGAGUCAAAUUUUCAGCCUGAUAUGUGGCUUUAACAAUGAAGUAUUAGGCAGAUAUAUAUAGACAAGGUUCAAUGAUGUAUUUUCAGAUGCUUCAUCAAGAUAAAACCCACAUUUUUCAGGGUUUUUUUCUGGGUUCUUGGCUUGUAUAGGGUAGUCCUCCGGCUUGGAAGGUUAACAGUCUUACUCAACAUGCUCAACAUGUAUUCACAAUUCAUGUGAUUUAUACUGACCACUCUGCAUAAUGGACAGUGACUUAGUUGUCUUUUAAUCUUGCUGAUAAAUCAAUAUUCAAUUCAGUUUUUCAUAGCUCAGUUUUCUUUCCUCACCACCACCUGAUGAAAGAUUCCAGUCUCACUGCUAGUUGUCAAAAUUGUAUCUGCUAUUUUGGUCCAGCAAAACUGGAUCAAGGUUUUUCAAACUUAAAAAAGUUGUUUGUUGCUUUUAAAAAUAUACAAUGAAGGCGUUGACACUGAGCCAGGACAGCAAGAUCGCAUGCCGCAAACCAAAACAAUGACCCAAAGGGAACUAUAAAAGGUGGAUUACAAGGCUUAGUUACAAUCCCCUGUGGUUUCAUUGCCACAUGCAUUUCUUUUUUACAGUUCUCCAUGUGAUAAAGGGAAUGCAGCAAAGAUGUGUAACAAGGAAAAAAAAAUCUUUUUGCCCCUACUCCUAUCUGAGAGAAUAUUCACAACAUUCGCGGCAGCUUUCCUUGUGCCACACUCACACACUCUCUCCUCUCUCUCUUUCUCUCUCUCACACACACAGACACUUAUAAAUCGAUAUUUUGUAUCCUCACACCUGUUUGUAGCCUCCACGUGUCUCUCUCCUAACGAACCUGUCAGAUUCAGACAGAGAUAGAUGAAGGGGGCAGAGGGGAGUCCCAGGCCCCAACACUGAUAAACACUCCUGUCGAGGAUGAAGAAACAUUGGGCUCAUACGUAUCGUGCGGGCAGAAAGGAGGUGUAGAUGAGGGCUUAAGAGUGAGAGAAAAGAGAGGAAUGAAGUACAGGGAUAGUCUAAUGUAUGUGAGCCAACACAAGGCUCAAGACUGACAGGAUUUAAAGAACCACAAGAACAAGAGGAAGUGAUGGGAGGCCUCCACAGAGGGUUUGAUGGGCACUUACACUACAGUGUGAUUGAACAUCUUUGCCGAGGCCUCUGAGGAGAUGGUAAAUUAAAUACACAGCCAGAUCAGAUAGCUGUGAUUAAAGUAAUACAGGAGUGAGUUGAAGCUUUUCGAUGUGUUGUUUGACUAACUUGUUUGAGAGUAAAGAGAGGAUAAAAGAGGGAAGUGAAUGAAAGCUUAUCGUCUUUGCCUGUGUUAAAAUGAUGUUCCCUCAUUCUGUGUUUCCUAAUGUAUCAGUGCUAUAGCUGGAUAAAUAUCUCUCUUUUUCUUCUUUAAAUUUACUAAAAGUAACAACGAAAGAAAGAUAUACAGAAAACACCAAAUUCUCUUUCAGUUCAUUGUUGAUCUUAAACUCUAGUCGUUCUGCAACUUUUCAGUCUGAAAUCCAAAGAAUUCAGUUUGCAUUCACACAAAGACACGAGCAAAUCAUAACCGAUGGCUUAUGAAUCUUCAUGCAUUCGCUCCAAUCUUAACAAUUGAAUCAUCACAUCACUCCAAAUUAGAAUUGGAUCAUCUAAAGCUGAAACAAUAAAUCAAAUAGUCAAUUGACAGGAAUUAAAUCAGCAACUCAUUUAAGACUUCAUUUAGCCGGACAGCCAUUUAACAUUCACUGAAUGUGAAGAUUUGCUGCUCUGUUCUGUUCUUUAUGUUUGUGGAUAGAGUUUUAAUCCUCAGUAUUGUUGCCCCCUGACUCUUUAGUUUUACAGUAUUUAAAGACCAAAAGAUUUUAUGAUUAACAGAGGAAAGUGUUAGCAAGUAAUAAAAAUAAUCUUCAUCAGUACAAACCACCCAGCUAUGAGAAGCAGUUUCUCCGUUGGCUACAGAUGGGCACAUAAAAGGGCAGCUCUCUGUGUUUGCACAAUGUUAUGUACAGUUUUAAGUGCACAGCACUGUGCUAUUGUCACAGAAAGAACUCUGGCACAAUGCUGAUGUGUUUGAGUGUGAAUAGGGGUGACUUGGACUUGAGUCUUACAGCGAGCUUCAGCACCAUGGACAGCCGCAGCCUUUGCUCUGCAGUAGGCUGCUGAACCGAGCAGAGCCGUGUUCUGCUUGCUGAUAAGUCUUUGCUGGAUCACUCAACCUGUCCCCUGAUCUGCUAGAAAACAACCCAGGACUGUAUUUAUAUACUGUACAUACAUGUACCUUUUUUUCCACCACUGACAUUAAUGAGGAAGGAUAAAAUGCUCAGAUCUAGGCGCAUGUUCCAUUAAAUUUAAUCAUCUCAUUCAUCCAUGUAAACCAAAUGCUUUAAUCCAAUCCCAUUAAAAGUGCUGUUAAGAGCUGGGGCCAGGCUUUUUACUGAGUGUGUGGUCAUUAUUGAUGAGUAAGUGGCUUCCAGCAACUUCUUUAUCAACACUGAAUUAUUAGAUGUCCCUAACCUGUUCAGCUAUUCCAGAUAAUGUGUUUUUACAACUGAGGCCUUCCACUAGAACAGAGCAGCUGCAGGCAGUUUAUUUGAUCGCACAAGCAAAUGUGUUUCAAAACUUUUCUGGGCAGCUUUUCUGUCUGCCAUCAGUCCCAGACAUGACAGUAUCAGCUGAAGGACUGACUCAUUCUGCUCCUCUGAGACCAAAACAAGUUCUGAGACUGCAAAAAUGUGUUUCUUUUGCAGUUUUUCAGGUAAUAAAGUACUGAAUAGCACUCACAAGCCUACAUCUAAUUUGAGUCUAUUUCAUAAAGUUGGCUGACAUUGUUUCCUGUUAAAAAGGAAGCUCUUAAACCAAUUGGAACCAUGUCUGGCACACUAAUUCAGUGUAAUCCAUUACAAGUUCUGUUGGUGAUCUUAAUGAAACCAGAUGGAGGUGUAUAUGUUGACCCCAUUUUCUCAUUAUGUUCUCCAUGAUAUGCAUGAGAUGGCAACCGUCAUGGAUAUUACAUGGUGUACUGACAAAUAUGACAAAUGAUCUUAGAAGUUGGUUAGCCCACUGACUCAUGUCCAUACUGUCUAGCACGGCAAAACAAGCUGUUCAUGCAGACCUUGCCUGAUCUAUUUGAACUCUAACACAUGAGAUAAGUAGAGCCUUUUGUGGACAAUAUCAUGGCUGUAAAUGUUGCACUAUUUUUACUUUCUUCUGUGUUUCCUCUGAUAAGUAGCAGCAUUGUACACACUACUGUAUACUAUGUCUCCCCACUCUAGCUCAGCUGCUGCUCUGGAUCAUUGAUUUUAAUAGGCCCAAGCUAUCCCACACUUGCAUUGCUGCACACUUGAGGGAAUCCAAAUGUGUGUGUUGCAGUGGAACUGUUUUACAGUGGUACCAGUCUGGUACCUAUCUGGAGACUAUGGUGUGUUUUCCUCCUCAUGGAGUGAAAGAAGCCCAGUGGAUUGAAGCUAUUAACUUCUGAGUCAAGCAUCAGCAUGAAAACAAGCGAGCAAGCAUUCAUUUAGUCAUACACCUUCUUGUGCUAUGAAUAUUUACUCUCUCUGUCUCUCGUGCACAGUAUGCUUUAUAUAAAUGUUACAGACACUGGCCUAAAACAGAAGAGACAACAGGAACGUAUUACUACUACCCACCCACCUGACUGAUGUUGGAGUCUAUUACUAUCCUUGUUGACUGAAAACGCCCACACACUAUUGAAAACCCACAGCUAACUCAGCUGUGCAUAAACUUUGAGUGCCAGCUGCUUCCAGGGAACCAAGAAUGCCUACAUUUACAUUUUUUAUCUCAAGAAAAGACUAAAUAUGAGUUGAAAUAUGGUUGCAGGAGUACACUUGCUUAACUUGUUGAUUGAUGCUCUGUCUGCUGCAGUAUUGUAGUUGUGACCUUGUUUGGGGGAAGUCUUAGUAAAUAGGAUUCAAAACUCUGUCUUUACUCAGCAGGGUCUUAAAGUGUAAUUUUCAUUUGCUAGAGAUGAGUCUAUGUUUAAAAUAUAAAACAAGCUGAAUGAGUGGAAUGAAUCUUGCAAGUUGUUCUAUUAAAGUGAAAGACUGAGAAAGGUGAACCAAGUCUUCCAUUACCUGAUUGGAGAGAGCUUUUUGAUGAAAUAGGAUGAAAUUUCUUAUAGUGGGAACAGAGCCCAAAACUUAACCAUGGACUGUAAGUCUUCCUAAACAAUGUCAGGGACUUCUUCUUCCUCAGGUAGUUGUUGUUGUUGGUAAGGAAAGACUGAGUGACAGUUCCAGAGGCUCACCCUAUUGUGUGGGUGACAGGAAAGGCACAUUUAGCAGGAACAUUUUCAUCCAACUGAGUGGAUGUGAUGACUACAGUGAGGUUUUCACAGCUGCUUGAAUAUAGCCUCAUCCAUUUUUGGUUGAAAUACGGCAGCAUGUCCAUGAGAAAGUUAAGGCUUCGUUUUUAAAUUUGAAGAUAUUUUAUAGGUGCAAAUGAGCAAUAAUAGAAAAUAAGUCUUACCUGUUCACUGACUUGACAUUAGAUUUAUUCAGGGCUUUUUUUGUACUCUUCAUUCUGAGCAGCUUAAUCAAUAAAAAAUCUGUAGUUUCUCAGAUGGCAUAAAUUACAACAAAAUGAGCUAACUCUCUGACACUUAGCAUGAAGAACUGGUCAAUACUCAACUUUUUGUAAUAUUUCAGGUUAUUUUUUUCAAAAGCUGACCUUUAUAUAGCACUUUAUUUAACUUAAAGGCACUGUAAGGAACUUGGUCCUAAACUGAUUUUGAUGACUCCAACGUUAACCAACGUUAUUUUCCACAACGUUAUUUUCCACAACGUUAUUUUCGCCUUGUUUUUAUACAUAAAGGAGCGCAUCAAUCCUGUCGGACCCUGUUUCAUAAUGUGAAGGGUAACGUACAAGCUUACACGGGCUAUAGUGAGUAGCGUGGGUCACGUAACAUAGUGUAACAUGAACAUAACAGCGUAGCUCCUUGAGCGGCACGAGAGUGGGGGUAAACCCCCGAAGAUAAUUUUUCACAGGAUGCAGGAUAAUAAGGUGAGGUAUUAUUUCAUGGUUACACAGAAUGACAGUAAAAGUUUGUAAACUAUGAUUAAUUACCUCAUGCCAGCUUUCAAAAUGUAAUCAAAUGUACCUGUCUGAUGUUAUCCUUCACAGCCCCAGUGACAUGAUAUGCACUCUGGUCCAAACAACGUAAAUAUGCACAGGUUUGACUCUUUUGUCCUCAUAUAGUUGUCUGAUGUACAACUGCUCAGUCUAAAACAACACUUACAGAGAAAACAUACUGGAUCUAUUUUUGCUAAUCCCACUGUAGUUUGAGCCAUAAAUACAAAGCAUUUUCUAACAAGACAGUCAAAAUAACUUACUCCCAAGUAACUCCUGCUAACUUACUUCACAGUGCCAAACUUGACUAUCCCUACUUCUGAGUGGAUGCCAAAUAUUGACUCAAGCUUCAAUCAUGUCACUGAUCAUUUCCCAUGUAGGUCAUGAAGAAGCAUUAGAAUUAGAGUGGUACCAUUUUAAAAUCAAUUAAACGUCCUCACAGUGUCUUUAAAGUUGUCAAAAAAGCUUUCACUUCCAGGCUCCACCCAUGUUACCCCAUUGGCAUCUCUGUGGGUGUGUUACAAUGUCACAAUGCCAUUUUGCAGUUGCUUUUAUCCAAAGCGACAUACAUUCAAGAGCAAGAACAACACAAGACAAGAUCUAGACAAGAGGAAACAAGAUCAGUAAGAGCUACACUUUUGGUAUGACUUACUUUAUUUGGUUAUGGCUGACUUUAUUUGGGUAUGAGUUACUUCUCAGACUAGAUUAAGUUGCUCCUAAAUACACAAAAGCAUGGCAUGGUACACAGACUUGGCAGUUAGGCGUUACUACAAUCACAAGUAAAUGUGAUAUAUAAAAUAACACAUAGCUGUUUAAACUAAUUCCAUUUUUUUUUCUGUGAUUAUCCAGUAUUUUCGCAGUCACCCUCAAACUUUGCUCUUGUCCCAAAAUCUAUCCAUGAAAUCCUCCUGGUUUUGAAAGAAACAAAAACCGUUGUAAACAAUAGCAGCCUUUAAACAGACUCAGAAUUAACCAGAUCCCCAGUUCUCUUUGUUGAUGCUGCAGCAAAGGCUUACACACCAAACCACCCACUAGUCCUCAUUCUCAACACCAACAUAUGGUAAGAAGCAAGAGCCUCGGGCGUUUCCUAUUGGUUGCUGGCUUUGCUGCCAUAAUUUCACUCUCUUGAUGCCAGAAUCCCACACUCUGGAGUUUCACACUUGGGCUGUAAUCACUUUGAUGAUCUGGAGGCUUGACCUUUGCUGACUCAUGUAGCCUUACACCACACUCAUUAUGUUUCCUAGAAAUGUGUUUAAAUCCCAAAAAAGCUAUAUCACAACACACAUGUUAGAAUAAGUAAUCUUAGCCCCUAUACUAAGGACAUAUGGCUUGAUGUAGUUCGACUUGUUUGUUUGUGUAAACAUGGACAGUCUUUUUGUGUUUGAAUUUUGAAUAGGAUGUAAAAUGCCAGCGUUGUAUUUCAUUAGAUGGGCAACUAUUCUUUACCCUCCUAAUGAAAUACAUUUUGGUAUGUAAAACAGGAAUGAAUAAACAUGAAAGAGAGAAAACAGGGACACGACCUCGCUGUUCUCAAUUAGGGUUCUUGGUCCACUGCCUGAUGAAUUUUGGUCGCAGACUUGUUCAAGCUGCAUUCCAUAAUAAAGCUAUUCAAAGAGAGGAAUAACAUUUGCUCAUUAGUAUUUUCAAUAUCUAUGUAUUGUUGAAACACACUUUGACAGAAUGGAAAUAGGUGAGUAGAUAUGCAGUGUUGUAUUGCUUGUAUCUAUAAUGAGCCAGAGCAGCGACAAAAUAAAUCUCACAGAAGAAAGGAAGCUUUAUGAGACAGGAAUUCAGAUGUUAUUAAUGUCCUUGUUAGGUGGAUUUUGCUCUAUUUAGAGCCUGAAUAGUCAUUUUGCGAAGGUGUUCAUCACAUCUCAGCUCAUUCCUUAAUAAAUCAGUCUAAACUUGGCGACUACUAUUUUAGAUUUCAGCCUGUUUCUCAUUCAUACUCUUUCCACUUUAUGUUUCUCAGCCUUUCUGCUCUGUGCUUUCUCCCUGUAAGUUGUUAGCCGUGCACCCUGACUGUGGCCGGGCCCCUGAGGCAGAAGGGCUACAGACAGAUGGCAGCGCAGUUGUAAAGCCAGGGGGGUAAAGUGAGGAGGUUAGUUGGCGUGGCAGCGGGUAAGGAGGUGGUCCAUUCAAGGGCACAUUGUCAGUUGCUUGGGUGGAAGGCGCAGGGUGACUGGAGCGAGGACUAGAGACUCUGUUGGGUUUACAGACAUGAUAGGUUUUGAGGGUCAGUCUGGUGUUAUUUAUAGCUGUGAUAAGAACACUGAAGGACAAAUGUAGUUAGCAGGAAAGGUUAUACAAGGAUUGAUAUAUUCUUUUGUCAUGAGAAACAGGCUUGGUAUAUGAGUACAAACUUACGUAAACUGAAAUAACCUGGUAUAGACACGGGUUUUGUAUAUCAUUUGAAGGCAACACCAUGAGGUUCAUUCAAUUUCUUCAACAUAAAAAACUCCUCAUAGGAGCUUUAAGUUGUGUCUUCAGACAAUAAAAUCACAUCAAUCUUCUUUUGACUGUAAAAUCUGUAAUUUAUAGAUUUAUAGAGCAUAACAUGAAAACAUGUAAAAACUAUUUCUUCAGCUGCUUCGCUGAUAUCUACUCCCUCACACCGGAUUCAAGCAUUGGAAAUAAAAAAAAAAAAAUGAUUUAUCUUGUUGUUGAGGGUCUUGUUUGCAUUUAUGCGUCAUAAAAAGGCAUCUGUACAAAUCUGAGUAUAUUUCAUAAAGUUAAAAAAAAAAACUCCUCACUGGAGCUUUAAGGUGAGAUCAAACCCAGUGUGGCAAAAGACAGAGUAUUGAUAAAGUCAUUAGUAUCCAAAGAACCUAAUGACGUAAAUAAAUGCUAGAUGCUAUAAAUGUCAGUUUUUUUAAAUCCGUACACUUUUGUAGUAUAGCUCAUUAUUUCAUUUCAUCAAAGAAGCCACUAAGUGACUAGUCGAUAUCCUUGCACUGAAGGCAACAGUGCCUGUUUGUUGUGCCCCUGAAUAAUACGAUGUUGAUAGCAGAGCUGUUUCACUCUGACGUGCCUUUUUCUACUACAGUGAAAGAUUUAAAAACACAAACCCACUCAUUAGAUCAGUGAUCAGGUGAUUCAGCAAACCAAGGCUUUGCCUCAUACAACCUCACUGCUGAAACUCUGCUGCUCAUUUGAUCCUACCCCUCAGUGUGAUUACAAAAACUGUAAAGGUCACACACACACACACAGAUUCAGAGGAGUAUUUAUUGCUCACUCACAUUCUUUGUGGUUGUCAGUGAUACAGCAGAGCAGAAAAAUAAACUUUUCACUCAUGAGUGGAUGUUAUUUCUAAGGUGAUAUUCCUAUACUUUCAUUGAAGAUGUCUUGUUAGCUCACCUUGGGCUGGAGGGGGAUGUGCUCACUGUGUACAUGUAGAGGGGAGAUCUUCUGCUCCUGAAUGUGCUGACAAGCUGGUUAAGUGGGGUGUGGUCCCUGGUGGCACACUUACAGUCUCUGUUUUCUUGCCAAGUCACAUUAUCAUAUUGCCCACUUUAUCCCACUCUUAAAUCAUUUUGACUUCGUACUGCACUAAUGCAGUAUAAAAUGUAUUAUGCAGGUUUUAUAUUUGGGGUCCUUUUAUGAAUGAUAUUACGUUUUCUAUUAGGAGUUUAAUCUUUUAUCCAGUGAGGAGCUAAAACGCCGCCACCCAGUUGGAAUUACAGUGUGUGCAGACUAGUGUUAGAGAGAGACAUGGGCACGGAGCGAACAGACUAUUGGUCCAGCGCAUCAGCACGACACAUGGAUUUAAUAAAUCCUAUUUGCAUUAGCAUAUUAAUUAGAAUUGCACGUAAUCGCCACAUGGUGCAUGUAGUCCGCCCAUGCUUAUCUGACAUACAUUUGAAUACAUCCUCAUUCAGCGGAUAAAAAAAAAAUCUCCAUGUGUUUUCACCUAAUUCCUGUACUCUACCCAGACUCCUGUCAUUUUCUAUGAACAGCCGCCCCUUCUAUGAAAAAUGAAGAGUUACUUGAUAUGCAUUAUAAAUAGCUGCGUCGUGAUUGGACGAACCCAGAUUCUCCUGCAAGCGCUUCCGUAUAGCAACAGCCCCCUCCCAUCUCUCCUUCUCAUCUCUUCUCCCCGGAAUCCCCCUUCUUCUUUCUCUCCUCCUCUACUGAACCCCUCCCUCCCUCCCUGCCUCCCUCCCUUCAUCUCCUUCCCUGUUUCUAAAUGCAGACAGAGCUCAUCCUCCAUGAGGCUUCACCCCCAUACCCACAAUGCACUGGGUGCUGCCACUGGCUUAAGAUGUGGCAUGCACUGUCUGAGUAGGGGGCUCCUCUGCUCUCCUCUCUCCUCCUCUUCCUCUGACCUACACACAGACUCGCUCCUCCUGCUGGCUCCCACUGCUGCGGCAGCAUCUGGAUGUGGUCGCCAUGGCAACAGCAGCAGGCCUGACCCCACCCCCUCUCGCCCCUCUCUUCCCUUACACUUCAUACACACAUGCGCUCUUUCUCACUCUCUCUCUCUCUCUCUCUCUCUGCCUCUCACACAAACACAACGCCUCAGCCCCUCCCACUCCCCCCUCUUCUUCUCUUAAGCUUUUUUUUUUUUUUGAGCAACUGGGUGCAUUUUCCUUCAAGCUUGACCUGGAUUCUGCGUGCCACGCCACGUCUGCCACGCUGCAUGUGUGACAGUAGUGAUGAUAACAUGGUGAGACGGAUGUGCAUGGUCAAUUGACAUGUUUCCUGGAACUUUGAUGCUCAAAGCCAAACUGGAAAUUACCUCCUUUCAUCUCAUAUUCUCAUUUUUCUUAUUACUUUUCCCCUUUUAUUUCCUUGUCCUCUCCUCUUCAUUCUUUGUUUACCCUCCCCUCUUUUCCUCUUUUCUUUUCUCUUCUCCUUUAUACUCUUGGUUCUUCUCCCUUUCCUUGUUCUUUCUUCCCUUUCCACUCUUUCCUUCUCCCCUCCCUUUUCCCCACCAUCAUACUCUUUCUACCCCCUCCACAUGUGCUUCAGGGAGGAAGCAAGGGGCAGCAAAAAAGCAUGAAAGAGUCAGCUGUAUCCUCCCCCUCCAACACUGUACUCCCUAAGACUCACCCCCCCCCCCCCCCUUUCCCCAACCUCCUCCAUCACAAAUCCUUUCCUCCUCCUCAGCUGAAUAUUGAACAAAGAUAUUAGCCUCCUGAAGGCAGAUAUCGCCACAGUUUUGUCACACUGACGUAUGUAGCACUUAAAUUAAUGCAUUUAUUGCACAUUUCCUCUUUCUUGGCACUCUCAGAGACUGCAUGAAGGCAAACAAGCAUUAAUGUGCGUGUACGGAUCUUUAGACCCACACUUUCCUGAUAUGAGUCACAACCAUCAUGCAUUGAAAUAGAAGUUUAAUUUUAUGCUCUCUGUGUAGAGAUGGCAGCAUGGUAGAAGGGGACAGCCUAUUUAUUACGUUAGAUUAAUUUUAUCAAAUGCACUCAUCAUAGAUUGCUGCCUACUCCCCUGUUUAUUUCCAAUCAUAUCCUCAAGCAAUUAGCAAAAACGAUCAGGGAGGAACAUGGUAUUCUUUGUAAUUCAAAACAGAAUAGUGAUCUUUAGUCUUCAGAGGAGAAAACAAACACAUGUAAGGUUGUCAUAUGCAACAAAACACACGCACAGGCACCCAAAGCAUGUUUCAUAAGAUGGAACAAUGAAGACACACUGUAUGCAGCCCAUGUUGUCUGCCUUUUCCAUGUCACUGUGUGGUAUAUCGUACAGAGAUUUUUUGUUCACCUUUUUCAAACAUUUUGCACUUUGGAAGACAUCUUUGAGAGCUAGGACCAGAGGACAUUUAGUUUCAGAAAAGGAGCAGUGCAUCAGAGAUAGGGGGUUGACACAAUGAAAAACAAUCAGCCCUCGCUGUUUUUUUACCAGGUAGCAGAGUCUAAUGCUGGGAAAGCAGCGCUCCUGGCACACCUGUUGGUCUCAGGGGAAACAGAUCUUUUUGUAGCCUUAUGAAGCUGUCGGUGUCUGUGUGCCGUUCUGAUCCCUUCAAAAAUUGGCCUGUGAGUCUGUUAUUUAUUUUGAAACAUGACGUAUAGCUCAGUGGGAAGGGGCUCACAGCCGUGAGGGAGUGUGCUGUGAUCAAAUUAGUCUCUCUAAUUCAAUCUGUUCACAGCACUUGGAGUCCAUCAUGGUUUAUUCAGUAAGGUGAGCAUACUAAUUGUGCUCUGGUUUCUUUCUCUCCUUGUUUCUGCUUCCUCUCACUUACUUUUGCACAUUUUCUCCAUCCUUGCAUGUCUUAAAUCUUCACCUCUACACUAUAACACACUUCCUCAACUUUUUCCCUGUCUUUUACACUCUCUCCUUAACCAUUUUCAUCCUCCUGUUGCACCUCUGGGCUCUCCUCUGGGCCUCUCUUCCGACUCCAUCGUCCCUGUAGUAGAUUUAGUUGACCAGCAGAGGGUGCUGAGGACCGGCUGCCUGGUGACCGGGGUCCACACUCCACCCAUCCGACGUAACAGCAAGCUGGCCACCCUGGGACGCAUCUUCAAACCCUGGAAAUGGAGAAAAAAGAAAAACGAGAAGCUCAAGCAGAGUUCCACAGGUACAGAGAAAGAUGAGUGGGUGUAGGGUGAAGUGGAGUCGUGGGUGGUUGUAGUAUUUCCAGGUCCACGUCUAAAAAUAGAUUCACACACAUUGAAAUGCCCACGUUUCUCUGCAUCUCCUGCAGUGGAUUGAGUUCGGAAGAGGUAAUGAGAGAGUGUGAGAGAGUUUAUGUGAGAUUACAUGCUGUUACUGUGUGAAUGGAGUCAGUGCUCUUUAAUUCAUUAUGAUCCCAAAGCACACUUCUCCAGAUUUUUACUCAAUACUCAUGAUUUGCCAGUAUUAAUAAUAACCACAUUAUAGCAUAUUAUUCCAAAAUACAACAUACAAUUCAUUUUAAAUUGCAGCUGUCUUCUUAAGCUGUUCCUAAAAAUCAAGUCCUUCAUGCUCCUCUUAUAUUGACAUCAUCUGGAGUUCACAUAUUAAUCAUAGCCAGUUACAACACUUACAUAAAUGGCUCAAAAAAAAAAAAAAACAGAAAUCAGAGCCACCACAUGGGCUAUAUGUUUAAAAAAUUAAACUGAGGAGUGUGGACUUCUCUAAAAUAUACCAACAGUGGGCAUUUUUGUUUGAUUUAGCUUUUAAAAACUUGUCUGUUAGGGUCAUUACUUUUCAAUAAAAUAGGACCUUGUAUCAUGACACUGAUGUAGUUCAAGCCCAGAGGCCAUCUGAAAUUCCUCAUCCAGAAAAAUGACGAUGUCAUCAUACAGACCAACCGUGGGUUCGACAAUUCAGACUAUAUAUGUAUGGACUAUUGCACAGUCACCUUGUGUGCAUAUUUGUAAAAGCAGUCAUAGCAGGUACCUGCACAAUGUCAUGCAUUAUAUUUGCUGAACACAAGGCUGAAUGUGAUGCUCUUGCUGUAAUGGAGAGUGCCGUUGACUCAAGGUGACACAAAGACUAAAUGUCAUUCAGGGAAAUUUUCAGUGAUGGUCACAUCACAGGUCUAGUGUGGGGCUGGUCAGUCAGUCUGUGCUCUCCUGUGUGAUUCACUUUGAGGUGGGGGUUUAUGCUGCGCAUGCUUUUUUAUGGCUAUUUUUUAUAUUCUAGUGUAAAUGUUAGAAGUCAAAACAUGAGUUAAAAUAGUCAAAUCAUUCGCAUCAAAAUUGAACAGGCAAAUAAAUGAAAUGGUCUUGAAAUGGACUCUUUUAUAAGAGUAUAUUUUAGCUUUCUAAAUAUGGGAGAAAAUAGAUUAAACCAAAAGAGGUGUAGCAUCAGUCCCAAAGAUUGAUGUUUAUAGACUAAAUUAUUUCACAUGAAUGACCUGCAAAAGUCCUGACAGCUACACACCUGUCUUCCUCCCCACAGAUGUAGCAUUAUCUAGCGGUCUUCUAUGCCACGACCCACACUCCCCCACCCAGGGCUGCUGCUCAGAUGGUACGGUCCUGCUUGGAGGAUUCGGGGGACCUUUGAACUCAAACCUCACAGUCAGCAGUGUGGAGUACCUUGGUCCUGAGGAGGAGCUGCCCCCGCCUGGUAGGACAAUCCCUCACUCUACUUACAGUCACCAAAUCAAUGAAUGUUAUGGAGCUGCAAAACACACAGACGAGUCAGAGAAUGGAUUUAUAAAGUGGUCUGUUAUCUUUCUCUUACAUUAGCAGUAGAUCAAUACGACAAUGUACAAUUGUGGUCUCUAAUAAAGUGCAUAGAACCAGUGUGGUUAAAGAUGAUUAUUAUAGAGUCUCUCACUACAAAAGUGGGUGAAAACAAUAUCGUGUCAUGGUUUUAAGAAUGCAAACAUCAGAAGUAUUUUUGCUUCAUGUGAUCCACAAAGCUGUUGCUUCUGCGGAUCAAACAGCUAUGUGGAUUUAGCCCCUAAAAAUAUACCACUAGAGGGCAGCAAAGACGGUUCAGUGAAGAUCAUUGUCUCAGAUUUCAUCUGCAAUGACAGGUCUGUAAUAUACUGUACAUGACAACAUGCAAAACCAACAUUUUAGAGUAAAUUUAAAGUGGCAGGUAAGUAAAAAGUUUUUUGAGUCUGUGUUUCUUCUUCCACCUCAAACAAUAACUGUAGUUCCAUGAAUCCAUACCGCUGUUGACUCUUAGUAUAAGUCAGAUGUAUUUUUCCACUAGUUCUGUCACACUGGUAUUUCAAACGCCCAUCCAUCUACAAGCAGUAUCAAUUAGCUGCCAACCUCUAAACAGUGAUGAUAUAGUUAUAUUCUGUGCAGCAAAACUAAUAUAGAUCCCCCUCUAUUCCUGUCUGCCGAUAGCUGCCCCUCCCCAGGACUGUGAUCAGGCAGAGGAGAAUGUAUCAAUACCACAGGAGGAGGGGGGAGAAGAGGUGCAUCCUGCCGGGGAUUUACCUGAGGGUCUGCAAGACAUGGGGGAGCAGAUGGAGGAAAGAUCAGAGGAGGAUAUCUCUACAGGAACUUCUCCACCACAAGUACCUCCUAAACAUUUGCCCCAGCUGAGUACAGGAGACGGUGAGUUACAUCAGCAGAUGUACUAAAGCUGCUGCUCUGUUUGAACUACAGUUGGUUCUUAGAUUUAGGAGAGGUAAAUAAAUAAGGUCAAUAACAAACCUCUUUACUAGAAUUAAAAUGAGAACGACACUGUUAAAGAAUACUUAGCAGCAUCUAACCGAAGAGUUUAUUCAAUUUCAGUACAGUUACAGGUAAUGCACAUUGUAUAUAUUACCUCUAGACAGUGCUAUAUAAAUUAUUUUAUUUUAUUAAUUUAUUUAUUCUUUUUAAAUUUAGACAUCUAAAAUAUGUCAAGGAGUCUCACUUAGGUGCUUUUUUGUCUAAAUCAGAAAUCAAACCACUCAUCAAACCUACCCCUGAGUAAGUGAUCACAGAUUUUUCAAAGCAGAAGAUCAAUACGUAAAAUUACCCCAACCCCAAUGUUGAAUUUUCCUUCGUAGAUAAAUAAAGUUCUUCUUAUUCUUAAUCUACCAAGAAGCAGAGUUUAAAAAAAAGUAUUACCUAACUUGUUGCUAGUUAUAAUAUGAAGAGGGACCUUAUACAAAUAAUCACGCAGGGUUCAAGUUAACCAGAGCUGUAGUUGUGGGUCACUGGUAAAUCCACAAGAAAAAAUAACCUUGUUUAGAUAUUGUAGAUUUAAUAAAGUGUUCAGAAAUGUCCCAUCUAAAAUUUAAGACCUAUCCCAAGUAGAAAUAAGACUUUUGGGGGCUUAGAUGUAUUAAAUUGGAACUAAGACUUUUCAAGGCAAUGCAGGAACCCCAACCAAGACACAGAGGAUUUUUUAUUUCAGUCUUUUCUUUUCUAUGGGUAAAGGUAGAGCUCUUCAAAUUCUAAAAUUGAUUUUCAGCUCACACACAUGCACACCUGUAAACCCAGGGAAGGGUCACAAUCUGCCUCAACCCCUGAAUGCUUUAAAUGCGGCUCUGUGUAUGGUUUUAAAAUAGACAUACCGCCAGACUGAUACUGCUGUCCGCGGUCUACUUUGCUCACAUUUAACGCUCCCUCUCUCUCAGUCAUACGACCACUCACAAGUUAACACACCGCCUGACACAGUUUAUAGCAGGAGGUGAGACGCAGAGGUGUAAGAGAAAGUGAGCCUCAAUGACUUUGACUUAUUGGAGGGUGAUAGUUAACACAAUCUACAUUUCUAUUCGUCAUCCGUGUUGCAGAUUCACAUUUUUUUAAUUACAAAGCAAUUUGUGUCUGAUCCUACUGCACCCCUGAAAACAGACCCACAGCAGAAUAUAAUGAUGAUGAAAGAGAAAAGGACAGAGGUGUAUGAUGAAGGAGAAGUGGAGAUGGUGACAGGUGAUGGUGGGUCAACAGUGUAGUACAAUACUGCAUGGAUUAGAUUUUUAAAAUGUGCAUUUUUAAUGUCUUUUAGUAAAGAAAUAACCAGUAAAAAAUAUUUAUAAUAACACUACCAUAACACAACAACAAUAAUACAAUGAAACAAUAAUAGCUAAUGGCAAAAAUCCCAGUUUCCCCAGAGAGUGCAUAAAAUAGCAUCACAGCAGAGUCCAUUUAUUACCCGAGACCCCUCUCCUAAAGUCUGUGGUAUGUCUCCCAAAAAGCUUCAUGAGUUCCUCUUGGCACGCUGUAGAAAAUUUGAUUCAGAUCAAAUAAUAUAAUUGGGGUUUGCUGUAUUACGGCAUAUAUGAAAAACGACACUCUGUAUCAUGAAAAGUCCCAUUCCAAUGUGUCAUAAUUUGACUUUUCUCCACAAUUCAUACAAGAAAUAAAGGUUAGUAAAUAUUUUUCACCUGAAUAAAUGAGGAGGGCAGCAAACCAUAAUCUUGUCCAUGCCAAAUGUAAACCAUUUCAUAGUAUUUUAUUCUUCAGAUUGAUUUCUUUGAAAGAAACUCAUAGGGUUGGUUUUUCUACAAUCCUUUUUGCUUCAUAUAUUCCUGUCAUAUCAGACACACCUAUGAGUAAAGUUCACAGAAGUGUCUAAAUAUCAAGAAUUGCUUUUUAAAAAAUUCCCCCAUCAUCCUACAAAGGACAGGUUUAUAAAAAUAGAUAGAUUUUUGAAAUUGCCUGUGAGUCACUGUCAUGUGCUAGUCUUGGUGACCAUAUGGAUAAAGCUGAGCCACUCAUCUUUUUACUGAUCUUGAUUAGCUUUACCUCACCCAGUGACAUCAUCUUGCUGUCAUGCUGCGCUAUUCUUUCGACAAUAUUGGACCAGAUGAUUUUACGCUCCACAACCAAAGUAUUUAAUGGUCUCAGGCGUGGGGAAAACCAUGUCAACAUUGAAUAAAAACCUUGCAGGUGUUUACCUCACCUUAAAUUUUGUGUCUGUGCUUAACAUUUUCCCGACAAUAUCAGACCAGAUGAUUUUACGCUCCACAACCAAAACGUUUCAUGGCGAGUACCAGGCAUUUAUAACCAAAAACAAUCAAUAAAACCCCUGAAGUGUUUACCUCAGCGUAAGUAUAGGUCACUGAUUCAUACAGCCUGAUCUUUCUGUCUUUUGAUUGUAAAAACACAUGGCUCACUAUAGCUACAUCUUUUGUGUGUCUUAUCUUGCCUUUUUUUCAGAUUCAGGCCCAGUGUCGCUCCCCACUCACCUGCCAAACUCCUACCUCCCCAAGGAGCCUCUAUCCAGGGCCACAGAGAGCAUGGCUUCAAUGACCCUACCACUACGAGGGCCCCUAUCAAAUCCUUCAGGGUCCCCUCAUCUCGGCAACAUGAUGCACCCUCCCAUGCCCCCAAGUUGCAUCAUGGAGGAACUGCAGAGAGCCUUUGCUUCCAAGAACAGACAGGAGAGGUUGGUGCUCUAAUUGAACUCAUACAACAGCCUUCUCUCUUAGACUGUAAAAUACCAAACUGUAGGUAUACCUGAAAUCUCCUCCUAGUGCUGUUGACAUAAUCCUGCAUGUACAUUCCUCCCCGUGUCCCCUCAGUGUACAUGAAGGGUGUGAGCAGGGCUCACCUCCCCGGCUGUGGUGCUCUGAUGGUCGGCUCUCCCGCUCCUGCAGCUCAGAGAACCAACACACAUCAACCUUUGUGGGCAGCUGUGUGGUAGGUGGAGGGUCUGACUGGCCCAAAAAGGAAGCGGAGGAGAACAAGGAGAACGUGCGGCUGGACCAUUGCUUCUCCAACACCUCAGGCCUCCCCACUGACUUGGACGGCUGGAAUGAAUCUGUCAUCUCUGGUGGGUUAAAGAGUUCAAAGGUGUUAUUUAGAUUUACUGUAUGGAAGCACUUUGACUUGAAUACAGGGUUUGUUUUUGUUUUCACACUGUGUUACAUACAAUUAAAUAGUGUUUUAUGAGUUUGAGUGCUGAUUUCCUCUUUAUUAUUUACUUAAGUAAAAAAAAAAAAAAAACAUAGAAUAAAUAAAUGAAUCCCUGUAGUAAUCAGACUGACCUGCCUGAAAACCAUCAUUGCUAUGGCUGGAAAUUUAGCUGUUUUCCUUGAGCCCCAGAGAACAGCCAGGUCUGACACCUGUCCUGAAUACUACUGAGCCCCACUUUCCAGUCGAAGCAUCGUCUUAGCCAGCUUUUACAGUUUCAGAGAGACAUUUAACAUCCUGCAGUUCACCGUUUUGGUUUUUGUCCCUUUAGACGACGGCAUGGAUUACGUACCCAUGAAUAUUAGACUGUAAUGUGCAUUGACCAGUGGAUGUAAUUAUUAAAGGCACUAUAAGAAGUUUUUAACAGACUGAAACUGAUACAGGUGCCUCUAUGAACUUGAGAAUCAAAUAAGACCAUCAGCAACAGGGAUGAUAAUCUCUGUUGUAACUCCUGUGAAGGGUGGGUGUCAGACCAAUGAUUGACAUCAGGCUAAAAAACAGACUUUUUUAUGUUACCCACAUUAAGUGAAACUGUUCACUGUAAAGAGACAGAAGAAGGACGUUUUUGUCCAAAAAAUACCCUCACAUGUACAGAGUAAAAGAUAAGUUUAUUACUUGGGGGGAGUCAACACGAACCAAAAGCUCCUCACAGCAGCUUGUAUUCGAUCAAAUCUGCAGAACAAAAACAUAAUCAUGAUAGCAGCAUUACAUAUUAGCUGAAAUGCUCUCUAAAUAUUGGCAUUGGCCAUUGAAAAGAUUGUAAUUUGUUAAUUCCUGUGUGAUAAUCUGUAUAUUUGUGGUUGCAGGCACACUUCCUCGCAGGCUAAGGAAGGAGUUGCUGGCUGUCAAACUACGAAACAGACCAAGCAAACAGGAGCUGGAGGACAGAAACAUAUUCCCAGCAAGGAGCGACCAGGAGCGUCAGGAAAUCCGCCAGCAGAUUGAGAUGAAACUUGCCAAGUAAGUAAAAACAUCUCUGCACAUCUGUUUUCAGGUAUAAAACUGAUGUAUUUUCUGAGACCGUUGGUGUGAACCAUCCAUAAAUCAUUGUGCAACAUAAUAUAUUGUUUGAUGUGAUUGUUAUCAAUAAAAUCUUUGACUACAUUUUAAGACUCAGGUUUAAAAUGAUAGAGAGGAAUUCUGCGUUGGCAUCAGCAGCAGCUGCAGCAGCAGCACUAGACCACAAAAUCUGACCCUCAAGAAAAGGAGUGGUCAGUCUCUCCUCCACCAAAAUAAACAGUAAUACUGUGAGGUUAAACUGAGGUCCUCUUUGCUGGUUGCAUACUUGUUUUAAGACAGCUUUCAAAGAGACAAUUUGGCACUUUUUAAAAAAUUCAACAAUAUUUCUGUAAAUCUAAAUACAACGUAGCUUGUGCCCCUUUGGGUUACUAACUUAUUGAACAAAUAUACACUUAGACUGUUUUUUAAAUCAUGUUAUUCAGUCCCCCAACAAGCAAUCAGGAGCGACUGGAGGUAGCUUAUACUUAAAAAUGCAAAUAUAAGAAAUAAAGCCAUCUUCACCCAAGACAGAAAGUAUCAGAAUAAUAAUAAUAAGAAAAUUGUGUCAGUUGGGAACAGUUGGGAUGAAUCAUGCAUUUGUACAUCAUUCCAAAUGGAUGAGGACGUGUUAGUUAAUUGUGUUUAUUCAUAAAAUUGACAAACUUUUAAUAUUUAUGGGCAGAUAUAUUAUGUUGCUCCACCCUUGUCUUUCCAAAAUUUAUGCAAUAAUGUUGUUAUUGUGAUAUUUUAUGGCCACAAAACUUGUAAGGUGAAAAUCUAAUAUUGUGAUUGCCCCAGUUUUAAUGCAGUAAGACUUUGGUAUAUGAGCUGUUGUUUGAUGAAAGUAAUUUAACUAUAUCAAUUUGGACUGAGGGAAGUUGAAAAACACACUUUUUUUGAAUGUUUUAUUAAGUAUGAAUCAAACAAUUCCUAACACAACAGAUUUGGAUACCAUAAAUCAAAGGUCAAUGAGGUCCUCAUAAGUUUGAGAAGCGUGUUAAAAAACUAACAGAUUCUUGACUGACAAAGCAGUCUGCCUAAAUAGGACAUCAAACACGUACACAGUAGCUUCAAAAUUAUAGGUCAGACUGAGAUAAAGCAAAACUCAAGACAGAUGGCAAAUGUAUUUAUUAAUUUAUUUAUUUUUGGUAAACCUAAAUGCUUAAUAUGGUCAGUUAAACAACACAAAACAGAAGGAGGAUGAGAAAAAGAAAAUGUAUCUAAAGGGAUUGUAUGAUGGAUUUGUACUGAUGUAAUUUAUGUAAUUUUGCAUUUGGUUCUUUUAAUGCAAAGCCAAUCCCUGAAUUAACAAGUCUCCUCAGAUUUUUGGCAAAAACAGAGAUUCCCAAUGUGGGGAAAAAGUUUAUCUUUCAGACCAAAUAAAAGAGAGUUUUUGAAGUGCUUUGGAGCCAAAGAGUGGACAAAAGUUUAUUCCUGUAUGCUUUCAACGGCACAAUAAUUAUUGGAUUACAAUAAGCACAGACACGCCGCUUCUCCGUACAUGAUGCUCUGUUGUUGUUCUGUACAUCUGUGCUUCCCCGCUUGGACAUCAAUUAAAACACUGCUUUUAACGCAACAAAAACGUGUCCAUGGACUAACAGCAACAGGCUUGUGUGUGAAUGUGUCACAAGACCUGCGUUCUUUAACACCAUCAUAUCAAACAGCGGCAUGCUACUGCGUUACGUAACAUUCUCGGCAAUAACAGCGCCAAGAAGAGAGUACCACCCACACUUCUAGCAGAAAAAGAUUUAUCGACUGUCUGUGAGACAACCAAGAAUACUGCCUCUAGGGCCUAUUCUUAGGUUCACUGGAAGAGUCUUAUAGCUGUUAGAGAAAAGGUGCAACAUUGGUCACAAGUUCACAUACACAUAGUUUAUAUCAACGUGAGGACAGGGCAUGACGGCUGCUUGCAUAAGAGCCAGGGUCUGUGUUUGUCGAGGCAGAGAGGUCCCACAGCAGUGAGAAGCUGCUCAUUAUGUAAAGAUCUGGCUCCACAAAGCAGCGGGUUCAAGUGAUUCAGACUCUUUGAUUUACAGCUGUUUACAACCAUCAAGAGUGCAAAUUCGAUUAAAGAUCAUGAGAGGAUAAACAAAGACAAAUCAUUUUCAUGUGUCCCAUGAUAAAAACAAAGAGUCAACUUUUCAGUGUUUAAGACCCUUAAACACGGUAGUUUCUAUGUGUGCUGCUUUGGUUAGGAGGUAUUAUCAAUCUGGACAUCGAGGAAACCCCAAAGCUUUGAAAAUGUAAAAAAAAAAUACUGCUUUGACGAGUGUUAAGCAGAGGCAGGAAAAUGUGCUAUCCUCCCACAGUCUGUGCAUAAAUUGAAGGCACACUGCACCAUUUUAGAAGGAACUCCUGUCUAAAAAUAGCCCAGAAUCGUGAAGAGGAGGGUAAAAAAAAAGCUUCAUUUCCCCUGGGAAUUCAUACUGAAUGACAAAACAAUCCAUCAAACACUCCUCUGGAUUUCACUGGAUGCUUCCCACAGUCGAUUCAAUCAGCUCUUUAUUCUGUUCUAUCUGCAGCUCACAGUGAAACCUGACUGUUACAUUUGCUGCCGAUCGAGCAGAAAACACCAUCAACAUUCAUGGUGGAUAAUGACACCUUGUCUAUCUGUUGUGUCAGUGAUAGAUGACCUUUCUAUCUAUAGAGACUCCCAGCCUGGCACUCGUGCUGCACUCACACUCCGCUGCUUCUAAUCUUAGACUCUGACUCUGUUCAAUAAUGCAUUCCCCAUGCACUCCCUUCUCUUUGCAAAUGUAUUGUCAGGGGCUGAGAUCAGCAGAAAUAAUGGAUGGAUGGAGCAGGUGGGUGCUGGAUACUGUACGUAAAAAGGGAAGAAUGCUGGGAAUGGCCAUUUUUGUCUUCUAGCACAGUUGGCAGCUGAGAUAAAAAACUGUCCGCCUCUGCCACCCACUCAGCCAUUGGUGUUGUAUUCUUUGUUUGAAACUGUCAUUCCUCUCUUGGCUGGUAUAGUUGGACUUUCUGUGCUCACUCAUUUUAUUACAGAACAUCCUGAGCAGCAAACGGAAACCCUCAUGCUACAGGUGUCUAUGUGUCAUCAUGGUAUUCUGGGGGUGCCUUUUUGAAAGUAAAGCAGAAAGGCAAUGGCGGGAAACCGGGGCAAUGAGUCAGUGUGUUUGUCUCAUGUAGAGAUGUUUCAGCUCUUCCCGAAAAAAAAAAUCCCCUGCCACUUGAGAGUAGCACAGAGUUGAAGGGUUUGUGAUUCAUUUAGUUUCCCAGAACAAAAAUGUGGUCGUGCUAUUAAAAUCCUGUUCGAUACUGACUGUGAUCUUGUGAUUUUUCGGCUCAUGGACAAAAAAAGCAGGCGGUUUCUAAAAAUAGCCUUAGAUUCUCAGCACAGCACGCACAGCUCUGUGUGUAAUAGUAAAAUAUCCAUUAGUGUGUUGCUAGGGAGAAGUGAGAAUGUCUGUGUGAGGACUCUAGUGUCUCAAAGAUACCAAGUGUUGUUGCUAAGCAACCUGGCGACCCGGUCAAUAAUACAGUGGAUGGUUGUAUUCACUAGAGCUUUGGGAGUGAUUUUCCGUUUCAUCUGUUCAAAAUGUGAAACGGUAAGAGCUGUUAGGUAACUUUGUUUGUUUAUCAAAGAGCCAAUAGAGAUUCAAAUGAGCUUUUCCACUCCUAACGUGAUUUCUCUUCUUAUCUAAGUAAACUACUGAGAUAAGAGAAGGAACCUUACACAGGGAAAUUAAAACACAGUAGGGGAAAUUGAUCAAAUUCUAAUCCAACUACAGAAGUCAAUGUAUUGAAUAAAUCUUCAGUCUAGCCAUGCAUGUGCCUUGGAGCAUGGAUUGAGUGUCUGUAUGCAUUACUUUGUAGGCGUCUGGAAGUGUGGUGUUGUCUAUUUAACUGAUAGCUACUUCAAUGAAGUCAUCAACAAGUCUGUUGCUUCUUGUGUUAUACAGAUGACUACUGGUUUCUUUCUAUUUAGAUGGUGGUGUCUUGUUUAACACAUGUAAGAAGAAUAAAACAAGAUUUAGAGACUUGAAAGUUAGCUAUCCAGUCCUUCUCUGCCCACACACAGCAUGGUGUCCAUGCCAGCUUUAUGGAUGUUCAGGUCUCAGAAGGUGUGACCUAACUUUGAUCCAUGAAAGGACAUAACUAUAAAGUGUCCAGCGUUACCCUGCGUGAGGGGAUAAAAAGAGUCCUGCUGUGUAGCAGCUUUCUGCCCACUCUGUCCUUUCCACCUCUGUAGGUGUGCCGUGGGGAGUGCCACUCGCUGUCUCAAACUGAGUCCUGUUGUGCAGCUCACAUUUAUUAUUUAUACAAUGUAUGAAUAGUUCAGAAGAGUGCAGGAAAACAUUGGAUUUUAGAGACCUUUGGGAGGCUUUGAUGGUAAGGGAAUGUAACAGCUUGAAAUGAAUGUACCACGUGUGAUUUGUAUGCUUAAAAUUGAUUGAUAAUAGUGCAAACGAGGUUAAAGCUGUAGCAGCAGAUCAUGAGGCAGAAAAUAAUAUUUUCAUCUGUCGAAAUAUUACUCUGUGUUCAAAGAGAUUUUCCGUCUGAAAGACAAAAAAAGGAAAGAAAAAGAAAAACAGGGGCAAAGAAAAUACUAGGACCCCGUUGGGGCACUGGCGGGCCCGAGCUGUGUCGCGUCCCCCCCCCAACGCGCUGCCUCCUCGUCCCAUUUGUGUCCUCUGGCCAUCGCCCUCUCUGGUAACGCCCAUCACUGCAAAGACCCUUUUCCUUCAUCGGCGUUUGCUGUUCUUCCUGCCAGUGCGUGUUGCUUUCACUUACACUUGCCACAGCCAGCCUCUUGAGUGCCUAGCCUAUUGGAUAUCACUGUCACCUACUCAGGACAGUCAUUACCUUUCUAUUAAUACUUUGUUUUUUAAUUUCACAUUAAUUUCCAUAUUGUAUAAACAACUGGAAAAAACUUGAGCCCCUGCCCCUGUAUAAUCAUGUGCACGUCUCUGUUCUAGCUCUAAGGUGAAUCUUCACUGCUCAUGUUCUCCUCAGAAGCAGUCACCUCACUCCCCUCAGGUUACUGUACACAUGCACCAACUGCCUGCUUCAGGUUUGGAUGGAGCUUCAUGGUUGUCUUUUGGAGAAAUGACCAGUCAAGUUGUGUUUGAAAUUUGAUUUUUUUCAGGGGCAAAAGGAGCCUCUGCAUUCUUGUCAAAUAUGUAAAUAGCAUGUUUUUGCAGGUGCUAAAAACCAGACUCUGAGUGUGUGUGUGUGCGUGUGUGUGUGUGUGUCUGUGUGUGUGUGUGUGUGUGUGUGUGUGCGUUCAAGUCACAUGACAUAUUUAACCGGAUGUAGCUGCAAGACGGAGCCUCGUUGACUCCGUUUCAACUUAUCUCAAAAGUGAGGACCUCAACCUAUAUACCAGUUUUUAAAUUGUGUUGAUAGGCCAAAUAAAACCAGAGUUAUGAUAAAUUAUGUCCGCGAUACUUGUUUUCUGCUUAUUUUGAUCACGUUCGGCGCUCGAUCGCGCUGUAUGAGACAGGAAAACAUAGCAUGCAGACAUUAGCGACAGGUCUUACAGGCGGAAAAGGCUUGCCAAAGGAAAAAAAAACACACCACAACAUCUCUCCUAUUGGUGGAAAACUUCACCACAACAACCAAUCCAAAAUUAUAUGGUUACUGAUUGACAAGGGGCGGGCGCUUACGUUCUUCCUGCAAUAUGAGAAGGGAGGGAGGGACUCUCAGCAGGGAUGCAGUCUGGGACACGUAGUUGCAAACCUAGCAACUUUGUUGUUAGAUUCAAUGACUUUUCAGACCCCCUAACGACUUUUUUUUUUAGAAAGAAAGUGACUUUUAUCGACUUCUUCUGGAGUUUAGAGACUCUGACAUGAAGCAGGCUUUCCUUACUGAGGAGUUAGCAACGCUGCUAAGGGUGCAGAGCCACACAUGCGCUCCGAGCUCUGCAUGGGAGACUGAAGCUGACAGAGCUGCAGCAGUUAGCAGGUUUCACCCUCAGAGACCACCAGGGGUUCAUGUUGAGGCAUUUUCGUUUUUUUUUUUUUUUUUUGCCAUAGACACUGUCAGCACAAUCUGCAGUUACACUAACAAAAAUGCUGCAAAAAACAAAGAAUUAUGGAAAAAUUACACAUGGACUAACAUAGAGGAGGAUAUACACAAGUUUUUUACAUCAUGUUUUACAUCAUGCAUCAUUUACAUCAAGUUUUUUUGUAGUGGCAUAAAUAAAAAGUGACAUUUGUGAGACUAUACAGUGUUUUGUAAAUAAUUUUACAAAGAACACCUGGGCCAUUGCCUGCAUUUUGAUGUAAAUAGAGGUAAAUUACUAUGUUCUUUGUUAAAAAUUUGCAUAUGUUUUGAAGUUUACAAUUUUUAUUUGAAGUUUAAGUUUUAAAAACAGUUCAUCACACAUAUUUGUGGUUUUCACAGUAAAAACGUUACUUUUUUCCACUCGGAUUUUAUGUUUUGUGUGUGAAUUUGGGUCCAAUGUGUAAAUAUAGUAUGUCAAAAUGAUAAAAUAACUGUAAAUUGACACAGGUGAGGUUGUGCUGAAAAAAAUGAUACCAGGCAAGGCAAGGUAAAAAUUUUGUAAGAGGAAAUAUAAAGGUAAAAUCUAAAGUAGUCAAAAACGGCCAAUAGUGACUCACAGACUCCACAGACAAGUGCCUUUGGCGCCACUCAGUGGGCAAAACUACUUUGUCUACUGUAAUGUAUAUUUGGGUCAUCUUUGGCGCCCCCUAAAACGUAAACCGUGGGGUGCAGCGUCAUGAUUUUUACAACUUUGAAUGGCCAUGGAGUGUAGAUUGGCCUGAGCAAAUUUGGUGUCAGUGGGACGAAAGCCUUAGGAGGAGUUAGCGAAAUUCCAAUGUGUGCGAAUCGGCAAAAAAUGCAAAAUAGCCCUUUUACCGUACAUUAUACAGAUACGCGCUCUUUGACUUUUUCGUAGAUCUAAUUGAGAUACACAUGAUUGUCAAUUUUUGUGUCAUUUUGCCAAAGCGUACAGGCGUGACAGUCAACAAUGUGUAUUUUCACCUUAGGGGACAAGAAAAAAUGGACUUUUUUCUCCUGCCAUGGGGGGGCGCUCUUUUAGGGAGUAAAAAUUCCUUCACAAAUGUGUUGAUGGCUGGACAUUGCAUCAUCCUAGAAAACUUGGAGGCCAGUGAGGACAAAAAUAAAAAGUUAAAAGACUUUUAAAAAUGUGGAUUUUUGGGUUAUCUUUGGCGCCCCCUAGAACGUAAACCGUGGGGUGCAGCGUCAUGAUUUGAAUAACUUUUAAUGGCCAUGGAGUGUAGAUUGGCCUGAGCAAAUGUGGUGCCGGUGGAACGAAAGCCUUCGGAGGAGUUAGCGAAAUUCCAAUGUGUGCGAAUCGGCAAAAAAUGCGGAAUAACCCUUUAACCGUACAUUUGACAGAUACGCGCGCAUGGACUUUUUUGUAGAUCUUAUUGAGAUACAUGUGUGUGUCAAUUUUUGUGUCAUUUUGACAAAGCGUACAGGCGUGACAGUCAACAAUGUGUAUUUUCACCUUAGGGGACAAGAAAAAAUGGACUUUUUUCUCCUGCCAUGGGGGGGCGCUCUUUUGGGGAGUAAAAAUUCCUUCACAAAUGUGUUGAUGGCUGGACAUUGCAUCAUCCUAGAAAACUUGGAGGCCAGUGAGGGCAAAAAUAAAAAGUUAUAAGACUUUUAAAUAUGUGGAUUUUAGGGUUAUCUUUGGCGCCCCCUAGAACCUAAACCGUGGGGUGCAGCGUCAUGAUUUGAAUAACUUUUAAUGGCCAUGGGGUGUAGAUUGGCCUGAGCAAAUGUGGUGCCGGUGGAACGAAAGCCUUCGGAGGAGUUAGCGAAAUUCCAAUGUGUGCGGAUCGGCAAAAAAUGCGAAAUAACCCUUUAACCGUACAUUUGACAGAUACGCCCGCACUGACUUUUUUGUAGAUCUUAUUGAGAUACAUGUGUGUGUCAAAUUUUGUGUCAUUUUGACAAAGCGUACAGGCGUGACACUCAAUAGUGUGAAUUUUCACCUUAGGGGGCGCUAUGGAGCCAUUUUGCAUUUUCUUGUUUGGGCGACUUCGGAAUAUCAAAUUUUUCACCAGGCCCGGUCGUCCUGCCAAAUUUCAUGAGUUUUUGCCAGUGGGAAGUGGGCCAUUUUCCAGUUCAAAGGGGAGGAAAAAGAAAAACUAGGGCCCCGGUGGGGCACUGUCGGGCCCGAGCCGCGUUGCGCCGCCCCCAGCGCGACCGCCUCCCCCUCCCGAUCGCGUCACACUCAAGGUCCAAAGAUGGUGUGCGCACUUGUCUGUGGUCAUUUCCCAUUAAAAUGAAUGGGAGGCGCAGUUUCUACCAAAACACUUGCUGCAGACAAACUACAUGUCCUAUUUGAAAAAAGUCUGGACCAUGAGUGAGGGCACAAACACAGCUAGGAUAUAUCCAAACGGCAAGUUGUUCCUCGUUACGGUAUUGUUGACAAAUAUGACAGUCAACAAUGUGUAUUUUCACCUUAUGGGACAAGAAAAAAUGGACUUUUUUCUCCUGCCAUGGGGGGGCGCUCUUUUGGGGAGUAAAAAUUCCUUCACAAAUGUGUUGAUGGCUGGACAUUGCAUCAUCCUAGAAAACUUGGAGGCCAGUGAGGACAAAAAUAAAAAGUUAUAAGACUUUAUAAAUAUGUGGAUUUUAGGGUUAUCUUUGGCGCCCCCUAGAACCUAAACCGUGGGGUGCAGCGUCAUGAUUUGAAUAACUUUUAAUGGCCAUGGGGUGUAGAUUGGCCUGAGCAAAUGUGGUGCUAGUGGAACGAAAGCCUUAGGAGGAGUUAGCCACAUUCCAAUGUGUGCGGAUCGGCAAAAAAUGCGGAAUAACCCUUUAACCGUACAUUUGACAGAUACGCGCGCAUUGACUUUUUCGUAGAUCUUAUUGAGUUACAUGUGUGUGUCAAUUUUUGUGUCAUUUUGACAAAGCGUAUAGGCGUGACACUCAACAAUGUGUAUUUUCACCUUAGGGGACAAGAAAAAAUGGACUUUUUUCUCCUGCCAUGGGGGGGCGCUCUUUUGGGGAGUAAAAAUUCCUUCACAAAUGUGUUGAUGGCUGGACAUUGCAUCAUCCUAGAAAACUUGGAGGCCAGUGAGGACAAAAAUAAAAAGUUAUAAGACUUUUAAAUAUGUGGAUUUUAGUGUUAUCUUUGGCGCCCCCUAGAACCUAAACCUUGGGGUGCAGCGUCAUGAUUUUGAUAACUUUUAAUGGCCACGGGGUGUAGAUUGGCCUGAGCAAAUGUGGUGCCGGUGGAAUGAAAGCCUUCGGAGGAGUUAGCGAAAUUCCAAUCUGUGCGGAUCGGAAAAAAAUGCGAAAUAACCCUUUAACCGUACAUUUGACAGAUACGUCCGCACUGACUUUUUUGUAGAUCUUAUUGAGAUACAUAUGUGUGUCAAUUUUUGUGUCAAUAUGACAAAGCGUACAGGCGUGACAGUCAAUAGUGUGAAUUUCCACCUUAGGGGGCGCUAUGGAGCCAUUUUGCAUUUUAUUGUUUGGGCGACUUCAGAAUAUCGAAUUUUUCACCAGGCCCGGUCGUCCUGCCAAAUUUCAUGAGUUUUCGCCAGUGGGAAGUGGGCCAUUUUCCAGUUCAAAGGGGAGGAAAAAGAAGAAACUAGGACCCCGUUGGGGCACUGGCGGGCCCGAGCUGUGUCGCGUCCCCCCCCCCAACGCGCUGCCUCCCCGUCCCAUUUGUGUCCUCUGGCCAUCGCCCUCUCUGGUAACGCCCAUCACUGCAAAGACCCUUUUCCUUCAUCGGCGUUUGCUGUUCUUCCUGCCAGUGCGUGUUGCUUUCACUUACACUUGCCACAGCCAGCCUCGUGAGUGCCUAGCCUAUUGGAUAUCACUGUCACCUACACAGGACAGUCAUUACCUUUCUAUUAAUACUUUGUGUUUUAAUUUCACAUUAAUUUCCAUAUUGUAUAAACGACUGGAAAAAACUUGAGCCCCUGCCCCUGUAUAAUCAUGUGCACGUCUCUGUUCUAGCUCCAAGGUGAAUCUUCACUGCUCAUGUUCUCCCCAGAAGCACUCACCUCACUCCCCUCAGGUUACUGUACACAUGCACCAACUGCCUGCUUCAGGUUUGGAUGGAGCUUCAUGGUUGUCUUUUGGAGAAAUGACCAGUCAAGUUGUGUUUGAAAUUUGAUUUUUUUUCAGGGGCAAAAGGAGCCUCUGCAUUCUUGUCAAAUAUGUAAAUAGCAUGUUUUUGCAGGUGCUAAAAACCAGACUCUGAGUGUGUGUGUGUGUGUGUGUGUCUGUGUGUGCGUUCAAGUCACAUGACAUAUUUAACCGGAUGUAGCUGCAAGACGGAGCCUCAUUGACUCUCCGUUUCAACUUAUUUCAAAAGUGAGGACCUCAACCUAUAUACCAGUUUUUAAAUUGUGUUGAUAGGCCAAAUAAAACCAGAGUUAUGAUAAAUUAUGUCCGCGAUACUUUUUUUCUGCUUAUUUUGAUCACGUUCGGCGCUCGAUCGCGCUGUAUGAGACAGGAAAACAUAGCAUGCAGACAUUAGCGACAGGUCUUACAGGCGGAAAAGGCUUGCCAAAAGAAAAAAAAAACACACCACAACAUCUCUCCUAUUGGUGGAAAACUUCACCACAACAACCAAUCCAAAAUUAUAUGGUGACUGAUUGACAAGGGGCGGGCGCUUACGUUCUUCCUGCAACAUGAGAAGGGAGGGAGGGACUCUCAGCAGGGAUGCAGUCUGGGACACGUAGUUGCAAACCUAGCGACUUUGUUGUUAGAUUCAAUGACUUUUCAGACCCCCUAACGACUUUUUUUUAGAAAGAAAGGGACUUUUAUCUACUUCUUCUGGAGUUUAGAGACUCUGACAUGAAGCAGGCUUUCCUUACUGAGGAGUUAGCAACGCUGCUAAGGGUGCAGAGCCACACAUGCGCUCAGAGCUCUGCAUGGGAGACUGAAGCUGACAGAGCUGCAGCAGUUAGCAGGUUUCACCCUCAGAGACCACCAGGGGUUCAUGUUGAGGCAUUUUUAGUUUUUUUUUUUUUUUUUGCCAUAGACACUGUCAGCACAAUCUGCAGUUACACUAACAAAAAUGCUGCAAAAAACAAAGAAUUAUGGAAAAAUUACACAUGGACUAACAUAGAGGAGGAUCUACACAAGUUUUUUACAUCAUGUUUUACAUCAUGCAUCAUUUACAUCAUGUUUUUUUGUAGUGGCAUAAAUAAAAAGUGACAUUUGUGAGACUAUACAGUGUUUUGUAAAUAAUUUUACAAAGAACGCCUGGGCCAUUGCCUGCAUUUUGAUGUAAAUAGAGGUAAAUUACUAUGUUCUUUGUUAAAAAUUUGCAUAUGUUUUGAAGUUUACAAUUUUUAUUUGAAGUUUAAGUUUUAAAAACAGUUCAUCACACAUAUUUGUGGUUUUCACAGUAAAAACGUUACUUUUUUCCACUCGGAUUUUAUGUUUUGUGUGUGAAUUUGGGUCCAAUGUGUAAAUAUAGUAUGUCAAAAUGAUAAAAUAACUGUAAAUUGACACAGGUGAGGUUGUGCUGAAAAAAAUGAUACCAGGCAAGGCAAGGUAAAAAUUUUGUAAGAGGAAAUAUAAAGGUAAAAUCUAAAGUAGUCAAAUACGGCCAAUAGUGACUCACAGACUCCACAGACAAGUCCCUUUGGCGCCACUCAGUGGGCAAAACUACUUUGUCUACUGUAAUGUAUAUUUGGGUCAUCUUUGGCGCCCCCUAAAACGUAAACCGUGGGGUGCAGCGUCAUGAUUUUUACAACUUUGAAUGGCCAUGGAGUGUAGAUUGGCCUGAGCAAAUUUGGUGUCAGUGGGACGAAAGCCUUAGGAGGAGUUAGCGAAAUUCCAAUGUGUGCGAAUCGGCAAAAAAUGCAAAAUAGCCCUUUUACCGUACAUUAUACAGAUACGCGCUCUUUGACUUUUUCGUAGAUCUAAUUGAGAUACACAUGAUUGUCAAUUUUUGUGUCAUUUUGCCAAAGCGUACAGGCGUGACAGUCAACAAUGUGUAUUUUCACCUUAGGGGACAAGAAAAAAUGGACUUUUUUCUCCUGCCAUGGGGGGCGCUCUAUUAGGGAGUAAAAAUUCCUUCACAAAUGUGUUGAUGGCUGGACAUUGCAUCAUCCUAGAAAACUUGGAGGCCAGUGAGGACAAAAAUAAAAAGUUAUAAGACUUUUAAAAAUGUGGAUUUUUGGGUUAUCUUUGGCGCCCCCUAGAACGUAAACCGUGGGGUGCAGCGUCAUGAUUUGAAUAACUUUUAAUGGCCAUGGGGUGUAAUUUGGCCUGAGCAAAUGUGGUGCCGGUGGAACGAAAGCCUUCGGAGGAGUUAGCGAAAUUCCAAUGUGUGCGAAUCGGCAAAAAAUGCGGAAUAACCCUUUAACCGUACAUUUGACAGAUACGCGCGCAUGGACUUUUUUGUAGAUCUUAUUGAGAUACAUGUGUGUGUCAAUUUUUGUGUCAUUUUGACAAAGCGUACAGGCGUGACACUCAACAAUGUGUAUUUUCACCUUAGGGGACAAGAAAAAAUGGACUUUUUUCUCCUGCCAUGGGGGGCGCUCUUUUGGGGAGUAAAAAUUCCUUCACAGAUGUGUUGAUGGCUGGACAUUGCAUCAUCCUAGAAAACCUGAAGGCCAGUGAGGGCAAAAAUAAAAAGUUAUAAGACUUUUAAAUAUGUGGAUUUUAGGGUUAUCUUUGGCGCCCCCUAGAACCUAAACCGUGGGGUGCAGCGUCAUGAUUUGAAUAACUUUUAAUGGCCAUGGGGUGUAGAUUGGCCUGAGCAAAUGUGGUGCCGGUGGAACGAAAGCCUUCGGAGGAGUUAGCGAAAUUCCAAUGUGUGCGGAUCGGCAAAAAAUGCGAAAUAACCCUUUCACCGUACAUUUGACAGAUACGCCCGCACUGACUUUUUUGUAGAUCUUAUUGAGAUACAUGUGUGUGUCAAUUUUUGUGUCAUUUUGACAAAGCGUACAGCCGUCAUGUGAAUUUUCACCUUAGGGGGCGCUAUGGAGCCAUUUUGCAUUUUAUUGUUUGGGCGACUUCGGAAUAUCAAAUUUUUCACCAGGCCCGGUCGUCCUGCCAAAUUUCAUGAGUUUUCGCCAGUGGGAAGUGGGCCAUUUUCCAGUUCAAAGGGGAGGAAAAAGAAAAAAGAAACAAAGAAAAACCACUUGGGGAAUAAUAGGGCUCUCGCAGCUGCUUAGCAGCUACGCUCGGGCCCUAAGAAAGAAAGAAAGAAAGAAAGAAAGAAACAAAGAAAAACCACUUGGGGAAUAAUAGGGCUCUCGCAGCUGCUUAGCAGCUACGCUCAGGCCCUAAUAACAAAAGAAGGAAACAUGCAGGAACAAGAGGGCUCUCGCAGCUGCUUAGCAGCUACGCUCGGGCCCUAAAGAAGGAAACAUGCAGGAACAAGAGGGCUCUCGCAGCUGCUUAGCAGCUACGCUCGGGCCCUAAAGAAAGAAACAAAGAAAAACCACUUGGGGAAUAAUAGGGCCUACGCCCGACUGCUCUGCAGCUGGCUCGGGCCCUAACUAGGACCCCGUUGGGGCACUGGCGGGCCCGAGCUGUGUCGCGUCCCCCCCCCAACGCGCUGCCUCCCCGUCCCAUUUGUGUCCUCUGGCCAUCGUCCUCUCUGGUAACGCCCAUCACUGCAAAGACCCUUUUCCUUCAUCGGCGUUUGCUGUUCUUCCUGCCAGUGCGUGUUGCUUUCACUUACACUUGCCACAGCCAGCCUCUUGAGUGCCUAGCCUAUUGGAUAUCACUGUCACCUACUCAGGACAGUCAUUACCUUUCUAUUAAUACUUUGUUUUUUAAUUUCACAUUAAUUUCCAUAUUGUAUAAACAACUGGAAAAAACUUGAGCCCCUGCCCCUGUAUAAUCAUGUGCACGUCUCUGUUCUAGCUCUAAGGUGAAUCUUCACUGCUCAUGUUCUCCUCAGAAGCAGUCACCUCACUCCCCUCAGGUUACUGUACACAUGCACCAACUGCCUGCUUCAGGUUUGGAUGGAGCUUCAUGGUUGUCUUUUGGAGAAAUGACCAGUCAAGUUGUGUUUGAAAUUUGAUUUUUUUCAGGAGCAAAAGGAGCCUCUGCAUUCUUGUCAAAUAUGUAAAUAGCAUGUUUUUGCAGGUGCUAAAAACCAGACUCUGAGUGUGUGUGUGUGCGUGUGUGUGUGUGUCUGUGUGUGUGUGUGUGUGCGUUCAAGUCACAUGACAUAUUUAACCGGAUGUAGCUGCAAGACGGAGCCUCGUUGACUCCGUUUCAACUUAUCUCAAAAGUGAGGACCUCAACCUAUAUACCAGUUUUUAAAUUGUGUUGAUAGGCCAAAUAAAACCAGAGUUAUGAUAAAUUAUGUCCGCGAUACUUGUUUUCUGCUUAUUUUGAUCACGUUCGGCGCUCGAUCGCGCUGUAUGAGACAGGAAAACAUAGCAUGCAGACAUUAGCGACAGGUCUUACAGGCGGAAAAGGCUUGCCAAAGGAAAAAAAAAACACACCACAACAUCUCUCCUAUUGGUGGAAAACUUCACCACAACAACCAAUCCAAAAUUAUAUGGUGACUGAUUGACAAGGGGCGGGCGCUUACGUUCUUCCUGCAAUAUGAGAAGGGAGGGAGGGACUCUCAGCAGGGAUGCAGUCUGGGACACGUAGUUGCAAACCUAGCGACUUUGUUGUUAGAUUCAAUGACUUUUCAGACCCCCUAACGACUUUUUUUUAGAAAGAAAGUGACUUUUAUCGACUUCUUCUGGAGUUUAGAGACUCUGACAUGAAGCAGGCUUUCCUUACUGAGGAGUUAACAACGCUGCUAAGGGUGCAGAGCCACACAUGCGCUCCGAGCUUUGCAUGGGAGACUGAAGCUGACAGAGCUGCAGCAGUUAGCAGGUUUCACCCUCAGAGACCACCAGGGGUUCAUGUUGAGGCAUUUUCAGUUUUUUUUUUUUUUUUGCCAUCGACACUGUCAGCACAAUCUGCAGUUACACUAACAAAAAUGCUGCAAAAAACAAAGAAUUAUGGAAAAAUUACACAUGGACUAACAUAGAGGAGGAUCUACACAAGUUUUUUACAUCAUGUUUUACAUCAUGCAUCAUUUACAUCAUGUUUUUUUGUAGUGGCAUAAAUAAAAAGUGACAUUUGUGAGACUAUACAGUGUUUUGUAAAUAAUUUUACAAAGAACACCUGGGCCAUUGCCUGCAUUUUGAUGUAAAUAGAGGUAAAUUACUAUGUUCUUUGUUAAAAAUUUGCAUAUGUUUUGAAGUUUACAAUUUUUAUUUGAAGUUUAAGUUUUAAAAACAGUUCAUCACACAUAUUUGUGGUUUUCACAGUAAAAACGUUACUUUUUUCCACUCGGAUUUUAUGUUUUGUGUGUGAAUUUGGGUCCAUUGUGUAAAUUCAGUAUGUCAACAUGAUAAAAUAACUGUAAAUUCGCACAGGUGAGGUUGUGCUGAAAAAAAAUGAUACCAGGCAAGGCACGUGAUUGUCAAAUUUUGUGUCAAUAUGACAAAGCGUAUAGGCGUGACACUCAACAAUGUGUAUUUUCACCUUAGGGGACAAGAAAAAAAGGACUUUUUUCUCCUGCCAUGGGGGGGCGCUCUUUUGGGGAGUAAAAAUUCCUUAACAAAUGUGUUGAUGGCUGGACAUUGCAUCAUCCUAGAAAACUUGGAGGCCAGUGAGGACAAAAAUAAAAAGUUAAAAGACUUUGAAAUAUGUGGAUUUUAGGGUUAUUUUUGGCGCCCCCUAGAACCUAAAUCGUGGGGUGCAGCGUCAUGAUUUGAAUAACUUUUAAUGGCCAUGGGGUGUAGAUUGGCCUGAGCAAAUGUGGUGCCGGUGGAACGAAAGCCUUCGGAGGAGUUAGCGAAAUUCCAAUGUGUGCGUAUCGGCAAAAAAUGCGGAAUAACCCUUUAACCGUACAUUUGACAGAUACGCGCUCAUAGACUUUUUUGUAGAUCUUAUUGAGAUACAUGUGUGUGUCAAUUUUUGUGUCAUUUUGCCAAAGCGUAAAGGCGUGACACUCAACAAUGUGUAUUUUCACCUUAGGGGUCAAGAAAAAAUGGACUUUUUUCUCCUGCCAUGGGGGGGCGCUCUUUUGGGGAGUAAAAAUUCCUUCACAGAUGUGUUGAUGGCUGGACAUUGCAUCAUCCUAGAAAACUUGGAGGCCAGGGAGGACAAAAAUAAAAAGUUAUAAGACUUUUAAAUAUGUGGAUUUUAGGGUUAUUUUUGGCGCCCCCUAGAACCUAAACCGUGGGGUGCAGCGUCAUGAUUUGAAUAACUUUUAAUGGCCAUGGGGUGUAGAUUGGCCUGAGCAAAUGUGGUGCCGGUGGAACGAAAGCCUUCGGAGGAGUUAGCGAAAUUCCAAUGUGUGCAGAUCUGCAAAAAAUGCAAAAUAACCCAUUAACCGUACAUUUGACAGAUACGCCCGCACUGACUUUUUUGUAGAUCUUAUUGAGAUACAUGUGUGUGUCAAUUUUUGUGUCAAUAUGACAAAGCGUACAGCCGUCAUGUGAAUUUUCACCUUAGGGGGCGCUAUGGAGCCAUUUUGCAUUUUAUUGUUUGGGCGACUUCGGAAUAUCAAAUUUUUCACCAGGCCCGGUCGUCCUGCCAAAUUUCAUGAGUUUUCGCCAGUGGGAAGUGGGCCAUUUUCCAGUUCAAAGGGGAGGAAAAAGAAAAAAGAAACAAAGAAAAACCACUUGGGGAAUAAUAGGGCUCUCGCAGCUGCUUAGCAGCUACGCUCGGGCCCUAACUAGGGCCCCGGUGGGGCACUGUCGGGCCCGAGCCGCGUUGUGCCGCCCCCAGCGUGACCGCCUCCCCCUCCCGAUCGCGUCACACUCAAGGUCCAAAGAUGGUGUGCGCACUUGUCUGUGGUCAUUUCCCAUUAUAAUGAAUGGGAGGCGCAGUUUCUACCAAAACACUCGCUGCAGACAAACUUCAUGUCCUAUUUGAAAAAAGUCUGGACCAUGAGUGAGGGCACAAACACAGCUGGGAUAUAUCCAAAUGGCAGGUUGCUCCUGGAUACGGUGUUGCCUGGAGAGCGAUGCGAUUGAGCCAUUGAGCGAUGGGCAGGAAAAACUUGACUUUUUCUCCUGCCAUGGGGGGGGGAGAAUGUGGAUUCUUUUAAGAAUGUGGAUUUUUUGGUCAUCUUUGGCGCCCCCUAGAACGUAAACCGUGGGGUGCAGCGUCAUGAUUUUUACAACUUUGAAUGGCCAUGGGGUGUAGAUUGGCCUGAGCAAAUUUAGUUUCAGUGGGACGAAAGCCUUAGGAGGAGUUAGCCACAUUCCAAUGUGUGCGAAUCGGCAAAAAAUGCAAAAUAGCCCUCUAACCGUACAUUUGACAGAUACGCACCCAUUGACUUUUUCGUAGAUCUUAUUGAGAUACACGUGAUUGUCAAAUUUUGUGUCAAUAUGACAAAGCGUACAGGUGUCACACUCAACAAUGUGAAUUUUCACCUUACGGGACAAGAAAAAAUGGACUUUUUUCUCCUGCCAUGGGGGGGCGCUCUUUUAGGGAGUAAAAAUUCCUUCACAAAUGUGUUGAUGGCUGGACAUUGCAUCAUCCUAGAAAACUUGGAGGCCAGUGAGGACAAAAAGAAAAAGUUAUAAGACUUUGAAAUAUGUGGAUUUUAGGGUUAUCUUUGGCGCCCCCUAGAACCUAAACCGUGGGGUGCAGCGUCAUGAUUUGAAUAACUUUUAAUGGCCAUGGGGUGUAGAUUGGCCUGAGCAAAUGUGGUGCCGGUGGAACGCCAGCCUUAGGAGGAGUUAGCGACAUUCCAAUGUGUGCGGAUCAGCAAAAAAUGCAGAAUAACCCUUUAACCGUACAUUUGACAGAUACGCGCGCAUUGACUUUUUCGUAGAUCUUAUUGAGAUACAUGUGUGUGUCAAAUUUUGUGUCAAUAUGACAAAGCGUACAGGCGUGACACUCAACAAUGUGUAUUUUCACCUUAGGGGACAAGAAAAAAUGGACUUUUUUCUCUGGCCAUGGGGGGGCGCUCUUUUGGGGAGUAAAAAUUCCUUCACAAAUGUGUUGAUGGCUGGACAUUGCAUCAUCCUAGAAAACUUGGAGGCCAGUGAGGGCAAAAAUAAAAAGUUAUAAGACUUUUAAAUAUGUGGAUUUUAGGGUUAUCUUUGGCGCCCCCUAGAACCUAAACCGUGGGGUGCAGCGUCAUGAUUUGAAUAACUUUUAAUGGCCAUGGGGUGUAGAUUGGCCUGAGCAAAUGUGGUGCCGGUGGAAAGAAAGCCUUCGGAGGAGUUAGCGAAAUUCCAAUGUGUGCGGAUCUGCAAAAAAUGCGAAAUAACCCUUUAACCGUACAUUUGACAGAUACGCCCGCACUGACUUUUUUGUAGAUCUUAUUGAGAUACAUAUGUGUGUCAAUUUUUGUGUCAUUUUGACAAAGCGUAAAGGCGUGACAGUCAAUAGUGUGAAUUUUCACCUUAGGGGGCGCUAUGGAGCCAUUUUGCAUUUUCUUGUUUGGGCGACUUCGGAAUAUCAAAUUUUUCACCAGGCCCGGUCAUCCUGCCAAAUUUCAUGAGUUUUCGCCAGUGGGAAGUGGGCCAUUUUCCAGUUCAAAGGGGAGGAAAAAGAAGAAAGAAAGAAACAACUAGGGCCCCGGUGGGGCACUGUCGGGCCCGAGCCGCGUCGUGCCGCCCCCAGCGUGACCGCCUCCCCCUCCCGAUCGCGUCACACUCAAGGUCCAAAGAUGGUGUGCGCACUUGUCUGUGGUCAUUUCCCAUUAUAAUGAAUGGGAGGCGCAGUUUCUACCAAAACACUCGCUGCAGACAAACUUCAUGUCCUAUUUGAAAAAAGUCUGGACCAUGAGUGAGGGCACAAACACAGCUGGGAUAUAUCCAAAUGGCAGGUUGCUACUCGUUACGGUGUUGCCUGGAGAGCGAUGCGAUUGAGCCAUUGAGCGAUGGGCAGGAAAAACUUGACUUUUUCUCCUGCCAUGGGGGGGGAGAAUGUGGAUUCUUUUAAGAAUGUGGAUUUUUGGGUUAUCUUUGGCGACCCCUAGAACGUAAACCGUGGGGUGCAGCGUCAUGAUUUGUACAACUUUUAAUGGCCAUGGGGUGUAGAUUGGCCUGAGCAAAUUUGGUUUCAGUGGGACGAAAGCCUUAGGAGGAGUUAGCCACAUUCCAAUGUGUGCGAAUCGGCAAAAAAUGCAAAAUAGCCCUCUAACCGUACAUUUGACAGAUACGCACCCAUUGACUUUUUCGUAGAUCUUAUUGAGAUACACGUGAUUGUCAAAUUUUGUGUCAAUAUGACAAAGCGUACAGGUGUCACACUCAACAAUGUGAAUUUUCACCUUACGGGACAAGAAAAAAUUGACUUUUUUCUCCUGCCAUGGGGGGGCGCUCUUUUGGGGAGUAAAAAUUCCUUCACAAAUGUGUUGAUGGCUGGACAUUGCAUCAUCCUAGAAAACUUGGAGGCCAGUGAGGACAAAAAUAAAAAGUUAUAAGACUUUUAAAAAUGUGGAUUUUUGGGUUAUCUUUGGCGCCCCCUAGAACGUAAACCGUGGGGUGCAGCGUCAUGAUUUGAAUAACUUUUAAUGGCCAUGGGGUGUAGAUUGGCCUGAGCAAAUUUGGUGCCGGUGGAACGAAAGCCUUCGGAGGAGUUAGCGAAAUUCCAAUGUGUGCGGAUCGGCAAAAAAUGCGAAAUAACCCUUUAACCGUACAUUAGACAGAUACGCGCGCAUGGACUUUUUUGUAGAUCUUAUUGAGAUACAUGUGUGUGUCAAUUUUUGUGUCAUUUUGACAAAGCGUACAGGCGUGACAGUCAAUAGUGUGAAUUUUCACCUUAGGGGACAAGAAAAAAUGGACUUUUUUCUCCUGCCAUGGGGGGCGCUCUUUUGGGGAGUAAAAAUUCCUUCACAAAUGUGUUGAUGGCUGGACAUUGCAUCAUCCUAGAAAACUUGGAGGCCAGUGAGGGCAAAAAUAAAAAGUUAUAAGACUUUUAAAUAUGUGGAUUUUAGGGUUAUCUUUGGCGCCCCCUAGAACCUAAACCGUGGGGUGCAGCGUCAUGAUUUGAAUAACUUUUAAUGGCCAUGGGGUGUAGAUUGGCCUGAGCAAAUGUGGUGCCGGUGGAACGAAAGCCUUCGGAGGAGUUAGCGAAAUUCCAAUGUGUGCGGAUUGGCAAAAAAUGCGAAAUAACCCUUUAACCGUACAUUUGACAGAUACGCCCGCACUGACUUUUUUGUAGAUCUUAUUGAGAUACAUGUGUGUGUCAAUUUUUGUGUCAUUUUGACAAAGCGUACAGGCGUGACAGUGAAUAGUGUGAAUUUUCACCUUAGGGGGCGCUAUGGAGCCAUUUUGCAUUUUCUUGUUUGGGCGACUUCGGAAUAUCAAAUUUUUCACCAGGCCCGGUCGUCCUGCCAAAUUUCAUGAGUUUUCGCCAGUGGGAAGUGGGCCAUUUUCCAGUUCAAAGGGGAGGAAAAAUAAUAAUAAUAAUAAUAACUAGGACCCCGUUGGGGCACUGGCGGGCCCGAGCUGUGUCGCGUCCCCCCCCCAACGCGCUGCCUCCCCGUCCCAUUUGUGUCCUCUGGCCAUCGCCCUCUCUGGUAACGCCCAUCACUGCAAAGACCCUUUUCCUUCAUCGGCGUUUGCUGUUCUUCCUGCCAGUGCGUGUUGCUUUCACUUACACUUGCCACAGCCAGCCUCGUGAGUGCCUAGCCUAUUGGAUAUCACUGUCACCUACACAGGACAGUCAUUACCUUUCUAUUAAUACUUUGUGUUUUAAUUUCACAUUAAUUUCCAUAUUGUAUAAACGACUGGAAAAAACUUGAGCCCCUGCCCCUGUAUAAUCAUGUGCACGUCUCUGUUCUAGCUCCAAGGUGAAUCUUCACUGCUCAUGUUCUCCCCAGAAGCACUCACCUCACUCCCCUCAGGUUACUGUACACAUGCACCAACUGCCUGCUUCAGGUUUGGAUGGAGCUUCAUGGUUGUCUUUUGGAGAAAUGACCAGUCAAGUUGUGUUUGAAAUUUGAUUUUUUUUCAGGGGCAAAAGGAGCCUCUGCAUUCUUGUCAAAUAUGUAAAUAGCAUGUUUUUGCAGGUGCUAAAAACCAGACUCUGAGUGUGUGUGUGUGUGUGUGUGUCUGUGUGUGCGUUCAAGUCACAUGACAUAUUUAACCGGAUGUAGCUGCAAGACGGAGCCUCAUUGACUCUCCGUUUCAACUUAUUUCAAAAGUGAGGACCUCAACCUAUAUACCAGUUUUUAAAUUGUGUUGAUAGGCCAAAUAAAACCAGAGUUAUGAUAAAUUAUGUCCGCGAUACUUUUUUUCUGCUUAUUUUGAUCACGUUCGGCGCUCGAUCGCGCUGUAUGAGACAGGAAAACAUAGCAUGCAGACAUUAGCGACAGGUCUUACAGGCGGAAAAGGCUUGCCAAAAGAAAAAAAAAACACACCACAACAUCUCUCCUAUUGGUGGAAAACUUCACCACAACAACCAAUCCAAAAUUAUAUGGUGACUGAUUGACAAGGGGCGGGCGCUUACGUUCUUCCUGCAACAUGAGAAGGGAGGGAGGGACUCUCAGCAGGGAUGCAGUCUGGGACACGUAGUUGCAAACCUAGCGACUUUGUUGUUAGAUUCAAUGACUUUUCAGACCCCCUAACGACUUUUUUUUAGAAAGAAAGGGACUUUUAUCUACUUCUUCUGGAGUUUAGAGACUCUGACAUGAAGCAGGCUUUCCUUACUGAGGAGUUAGCAACGCUGCUAAGGGUGCAGAGCCACACAUGCGCUCAGAGCUCUGCAUGGGAGACUGAAGCUGACAGAGCUGCAGCAGUUAGCAGGUUUCACCCUCAGAGACCACCAGGGGUUCAUGUUGAGGCAUUUUUAGUUUUUUUUUUUUUUUUUGCCAUAGACACUGUCAGCACAAUCUGCAGUUACACUAACAAAAAUGCUGCAAAAAACAAAGAAUUAUGGAAAAAUUACACAUGGACUAACAUAGAGGAGGAUCUACACAAGUUUUUUACAUCAUGUUUUACAUCAUGCAUCAUUUACAUCAUGUUUUUUUGUAGUGGCAUAAAUAAAAAGUGACAUUUGUGAGACUAUACAGUGUUUUGUAAAUAAUUUUACAAAGAACGCCUGGGCCAUUGCCUGCAUUUUGAUGUAAAUAGAGGUAAAUUACUAUGUUCUUUGUUAAAAAUUUGCAUAUGUUUUGAAGUUUACAAUUUUUAUUUGAAGUUUAAGUUUUAAAAACAGUUCAUCACACAUAUUUGUGGUUUUCACAGUAAAAACGUUACUUUUUUCCACUCGGAUUUUAUGUUUUGUGUGUGAAUUUGGGUCCAAUGUGUAAAUAUAGUAUGUCAAAAUGAUAAAAUAACUGUAAAUUGACACAGGUGAGGUUGUGCUGAAAAAAAUGAUACCAGGCAAGGCAAGGUAAAAAUUUUGUAAGAGGAAAUAUAAAGGUAAAAUCUAAAGUAGUCAAAUACGGCCAAUAGUGACUCACAGACUCCACAGACAAGUCCCUUUGGCGCCACUCAGUGGGCAAAACUACUUUGUCUACUGUAAUGUAUAUUUGGGUCAUCUUUGGCGCCCCCUAAAACGUAAACCGUGGGGUGCAGCGUCAUGAUUUUUACAACUUUGAAUGGCCAUGGAGUGUAGAUUGGCCUGAGCAAAUUUGGUGUCAGUGGGACGAAAGCCUUAGGAGGAGUUAGCGAAAUUCCAAUGUGUGCGAAUCGGCAAAAAAUGCAAAAUAGCCCUUUUACCGUACAUUAUACAGAUACGCGCUCUUUGACUUUUUCGUAGAUCUAAUUGAGAUACACAUGAUUGUCAAUUUUUGUGUCAUUUUGCCAAAGCGUACAGGCGUGACAGUCAACAAUGUGUAUUUUCACCUUAGGGGACAAGAAAAAAUGGACUUUUUUCUCCUGCCAUGGGGGGGCGCUCUAUUAGGGAGUAAAAAUUCCUUCACAAAUGUGUUGAUGGCUGGACAUUGCAUCAUCCUAGAAAACUUGGAGGCCAGUGAGGACAAAAAUAAAAAGUUAUAAGACUUUUAAAAAUGUGGAUUUUUGGGUUAUCUUUGGCGCCCCCUAGAACGUAAACCGUGGGGUGCAGCGUCAUGAUUUGAAUAACUUUUAAUGGCCAUGGGGUGUAAUUUGGCCUGAGCAAAUGUGGUGCCGGUGGAACGAAAGCCUUCGGAGGAGUUAGCGAAAUUCCAAUGUGUGCGAAUCGGCAAAAAAUGCGGAAUAACCCUUUAACCGUACAUUUGACAGAUACGCGCGCAUGGACUUUUUUGUAGAUCUUAUUGAGAUACAUGUGUGUGUCAAUUUUUGUGUCAUUUUGACAAAGCGUACAGGCGUGACACUCAACAAUGUGUAUUUUCACCUUAGGGGACAAGAAAAAAUGGACUUUUUUCUCCUGCCAUGGGGGGGCGCUCUUUUGGGGAGUAAAAAUUCCUUCACAGAUGUGUUGAUGGCUGGACAUUGCAUCAUCCUAGAAAACCUGAAGGCCAGUGAGGGCAAAAAUAAAAAGUUAUAAGACUUUUAAAUAUGUGGAUUUUAGGGUUAUCUUUGGCGCCCCCUAGAACCUAAACCGUGGGGUGCAGCGUCAUGAUUUGAAUAACUUUUAAUGGCCAUGGGGUGUAGAUUGGCCUGAGCAAAUGUGGUGCCGGUGGAACGAAAGCCUUCGGAGGAGUUAGCGAAAUUCCAAUGUGUGCGGAUCGGCAAAAAAUGCGAAAUAACCCUUUCACCGUACAUUUGACAGAUACGCCCGCACUGACUUUUUUGUAGAUCUUAUUGAGAUACAUGUGUGUGUCAAUUUUUGUGUCAUUUUGACAAAGCGUACAGCCGUCAUGUGAAUUUUCACCUUAGGGGGCGCUAUGGAGCCAUUUUGCAUUUUAUUGUUUGGGCGACUUCGGAAUAUCAAAUUUUUCACCAGGCCCGGUCGUCCUGCCAAAUUUCAUGAGUUUUCGCCAGUGGGAAGUGGGCCAUUUUCCAGUUCAAAGGGGAGGAAAAAGAAAAAAGAAACAAAGAAAAACCACUUGGGGAAUAAUAGGGCUCUCGCAGCUGCUUAGCAGCUACGCUCGGGCCCUAAUAACAAAAGAAGGAAACUACAGGAACAAGAGGGCUCUCGCAGCUGCUUAGCAGCUACGCUCGGGCCCUAAAGAAACAAAGAAAAACCCCUUGGGGAAUAAUAGGGCUCUCGCAGCUGCUUAGCAGCUACGCUCGGGCCCUAAUGAUGCAAUAAUGGGGGUAACAUGUGUGUUCCAGUAGCCCAGUGUAGAGCAGGAGGAGGCUGGGGAUGCCGCGAGUAGGAGCGGAUUAGGCCCCGCCCUCUUCACAUUAUGCAUGCAGUUACCAGGGAAACUAGGGGAGUCUCGCCGAGGCGGAGGCAGCCCAUCACGAUCACGACCCAGUUGAAAAGCACUCGUAGUCUGAGCCCCGUAGUAGAGUAAAGAAGCUUCUAUAGCGGAGCACAUCACACGCGAACCGGCGACUGCACCUGAAAUGCAGCAUCUCAAAACCGAAUAAAAAGCUGGUAGAGGAUUCUCCAAAAGAGAAAAAAAGCGCCUCUUUGACUAUUCCAGAUGUGGGGAGCGCCUCUGCCGAAGCAGCACAGCCGUGGUUUGGAUGCGAGAUGGAGACAUAGGGGAUUUCUCUCGAGAACGCGGACAGUGAAGAAACUUCAGCCGGUUCAUAAAGGAUUGGGGGACAGUUGAAGUGAAAAUGGUACAAAACGUGGUUUUGGUCUUUCUCCGUAGGAGGCUGAGCCAGAGACCGAAUGUGGAGGAGCUGGAGAGUCGGAACAUCCUGAAGCGUAAGUUCACACACUGAGGUAUUUGUUUCCAAACUGCUGUCUCUUUACCAUAUUUGUCUCACCAUUCAUAUUCAGAAACAGAUACACUGUAGAUUUAUAAAAGCUGUUCUGAAACAGUAAUACAGUAUUGUCAAGUGUUCUGGGUGCACAGUGUUUAUUUCCACUGUGAACAGAGAUGCACAGACUUCACUACAGCUGACAUAUUUCUAACACUUUGGUAACAUUGGUAAAAAUACUGAGAAUGAGCCUUUCAGCAGUAAAAGAAACUAUAGCGUUUUCCCUGUUUCUCCAAGAAUAUUGAAUAAUUGAUGAAGACUGAAUUUCUCAUCUGGAUGUUUUCUUCCUCCCACAGAGAGAAACGACCAGACAGAGCAGGAGGAGAGGAGGGAGAUCAAACAAAGGCUAAACAGAAAGGUAAGAAAAUAGACUGCUUUCUUUUUUCUCUUCUACAAGUGUUUUGUUAACUUUUAAGGUGUAAAGUGAACUCAAAUAGAUAUCAGCCAGAUCUAAAUGCCUGUCCAACCUGUUGUGUUUCAGCUCAACCAGCGGCCCACAGUAGAUGAACUUCGAGACCGAAAGAUUCUGAUCCGUUUCAGUGACUAUGUGGAAGUGGCCAAAGCUCAGGACUAUGACAGGAGAGCAGACAAGCCCUGGACCCGACUCUCAGCAGCAGACAAGGUGUGUGUGUGAAAAAAUACCAUUUUGACAGUGACAAGAUACCUGAUAUGAUCUCACUAAUACACUUACUGAACCAUGUUAACUAUUUACACCAGUCUCUUAACAAAUUCCCCAAAUAUCAAGACCCAGUGCCCAUUUAGUCUGUUUUAUUCUAGGUUGUCUAUAUCUCUCAAAUCCCCUGGACUGUAGUUUUUUCAGGCUGAAUCUAUUUCCAUCUCCUCUCUUCACAUUGCUGUUCAAAGGCUGCAGCACCCCGAUUGCCCAGCAUGCAUUUUUGGACACACUAAUGCCCAUUUUCCUCUUUCCCCACAGGCUGCUAUCCGAAAAGAGCUGAACGAGUUUAAAAGCACGGAGAUGGAAGUGCAUGCCUCCAGCAAACACCUAACGAGGUCAGUGUUGUGGAGAAGAGCAUGUCUGUGUGUGAUGGGGAAAGCAUGUUUUGCUCUAUUCUGGGCAGCAGUGUUCUAUAUUUAGCUCUCCUUGCUCGUGCAGAGAGCGCCGAGGAGCUAAAGAUAGAUGGGAGCGCUUCUAAACUGAGGGGGAGGGUGUCCUCUGGAGGUCUCGUGCUAUCACGCAGGGAAAAGUGAUAAAAUGCCAGGGUGUCCUUGGCUGGGCUUUGGAAUAACAGGGGCCCUCAUAUGCCGUAACAGUGACCCAGAGGGAUGGUGGCAUUGAAAGUACAUCAGUAAAUUUAAUGACAGCUCAAAAUAGCUGCAUGUCUGCAAUAAAAGCUGAGUAUGAAGACAAAGGCACCCUCUGCUCUCCUUGUUUACACAGUUUCUCUGCGUUUUUGUCUCUUCAGGUUCCACCGGCCAUGAAAGCAGGGACUUUCUUCUGUGAAGAAAUGCUGAGCUUGGGAAAUUUUCUGAAGCUGCUCGAAGCUGCUCAGCCGGGCCUGAAGCCUCCUGGUCUUCAGCGUGUCCUUAACAUUCUCCCAGCACCCUCGACUAUCAUAUUAUAUGAGAGGAUGGGUGUGAGGGAGAAAGGAUGAUUAGCAGCAGUGUGUCCUGGAGACUACUGAAUUUCGCCUUAUGGAAGCUGGCUGGUGGAAGAGGAACUUUGGAGGAGCCUCUGACUCUCAGGAUGAGAGGGGAGGGAAAAAACAAUCUUGUCAUUCAGUCAGUGUUGUUUUUUUGUACUAUUUCAUGGACUCCUUUGACAAGACCGUGUGAAUCUGUGUAGUGGGAGGAAGUUGUGCAUGUGACCAGCUUCACCUUUUCUUAACUGAUGACUAAUGUGUCACUUGGACUGUGUAAAGACUGUCCAGUCUGGGGGAGAGGGCAUCGGGGAUGAAUUUGAUAUAAACUGUACAUACAGUAUGUCAAUCUGAAUGAGACCGUCAAUGUCUUCACUGAAAAGAGAAAUACCUUUGUAAGCACUACUUGUCUUCAAAAUACAAGGUCUUUUUUUAAGAA